AUGAAUGAAAGGGUGUUGGAGACACAGAGAGAGCGAAAGAGGGUGGAGACAUAUAGAGAGGCGGGUGGGAGGUCGUGAGAGAGGGAGGGAGGGAGGGAGGGAGGGAGGGAGGGAGGGGAGGGAGAGAGCGAGAGGAAGGGGGGAGAGAGAGAGGGAGUGAGGCUGUUGUUUUAAGAUCAGUAUGGAUGAGUGCGUUUACCCUCUCUGGGGAGGGGACCCGUUGGCUCUCUCUGUCUGUCAUUCCACUCAUUUAUGCCUCGCUCCGAGGGAGAGGUAAAGGGCACUGUGUUUGUCUGGGGGGGGGGGGGGGGGGGGGGUAAUGCUAUUUUCAUCAUUGAAUGCAUAUCUUUUUCCACCCGCUUCCUCAUUUUACCUUUUUCUUUGUCCUCUCCAUCUCGUUUUUCUGCCUGCCUCCCAUCUUUCUUCUACUCCCCCUCUAUUUCUGCUCCAUGUAAACUCUGGCGUGUGACUUACGGUAGUGUUGUUUUUUGGUAGUGUUGUGUCUAAUAGAGGACGUUAUAAAUUCAAUUUUCAGCCUCAUCGGUAGACCACUGGUCGUUCCCUUUUGGACGGCCACCAAGGUCUACACUGCCAUUUACUAUCAACCCUAGGCUUAUUGAGCCUCUGACGGUAAACGGUAGAAGAUGACAUUAUCUGAUACGGCUGGUUUUUGUGUUUUAAACUGUUUAAACAACACAUCCACUAAAAUGUGACCGAAAUGAAGCUAAAAUGGCAGAUAAGAAUGUCCAUGUAUCAGCGAUAACCAUAUAAGGGGGUGGUUUUCCGGACUCAGAUCAAGCCUAGUCCUGGACUAAAAAGCAUUUUCAAUUGAAAAUCUCAAUUGAAAAUGCUUUUAAAUCCAGGAUUAGGCUUAAUCUGUGUACGGAAAACCACCCCAAGGAGUAAUGAUAGUUUAGUUUAUUUCACCCGGUUACUCCUCUCCGAAACUACCAUCACUGUUUUUGGGAACCAUAUAUUGUACUGCACAUGGGAAGUUUAUCUACUAAAACUAGAAUAGAGGUGAUUGGGAGGCAAGAUCCCCACAGGUUAAGUUUGGAAUCUGCCUAAAAUGCUUAUUUUUACCUGUGUGUGCGUGUGUGCACGCGCAUGCGUGUGUGUGUGCGUGCGUCUCUGUCUGUGCAUGUGUGUGUGUGUGCCUCUCAAACAGCAGGUGUAGCCAAAGUGUGUUACACUAAUGUCAUCCUGUGGCCGUCCUCCAGCUAAAAGCCAGGAGCUGUCUCCUCUACACUUCUCUCAAUGUCACCUUUCCCUCUCUCUUCCACUUUCCUCUCUCCUCCUCUCCCAGGCGCUCUCUCUCGGUUUGUCAUUUUUCAUCAUCUGUCUGUGUUUCCUAAUCUCUGUCCUUUCUCCUGUCUGUGUCUCAAUUCAUCAUCUCAACUUGGGUCUUGUGCUGAAGGUUUCUAAGUCACUGAUAUAGAGAACAGUAGGAAUAGAUGAUCACAGACACUGACAGAGGGAAGGGGGGAGGGGGUUAUCCCUUCUUCCAUCCCUCCAUCCAUCCACCCAUCCAUCCAUUCCUCCAUCCAUCCAUCCAUCUGUCAUGAAUCCUGCUUCCUGAGUCUGUUUCUGCCUGAGUUGCCUGUUUUCUGUCUUGGAGUCUGUCUCCUGAAGGUUCCUGAACGCACCCUGUCUGGUUGCCGGGCGAUGAAGCUAGGCGGGAGAUCUCUCGAUUACCCGCACCUGCAUCUCAUCAGCUAUCUGCACACCUGGUCCUGAUCAUCACCUCUUCACUUCAUAAGCUCUGACCUGACAUCCAUUCCCUGCCGGAUCGUUAGCCAUGAACAGUAUGUUGUGUCAGCGUAUCAGCCUCAAGUUUUCUAGAGUUAGUUUUGUUGUUUUGUAUUCUCCCGGAACAUUCACUCCACCCUUGCCUGGUCGUCGGUGGGUUCUGUAACAUCAUUGGAUCUGCCUAUUCACUUCCACCAACUCACCUCCGCUGCCCGCUCCGUCUCCUGAAUUAUCCUGCUUCCACAUUUGAGUCGUUAAAUAAAUACUCCCCUUCUGUCUACUCACCUUGUCCUGGUCUGCUUCUAGGUUCUGCUUUAGAGAAUCGUGACAGAACGAUCCGGCCAAGGAUGAACCCAGCGGACUUGGACUCCGUUCACAUUGCCAUUACCCAUCAGGAGAAGAUGUUGGGAAAACACAGCACGGCGCUACAGGAGAUAGCGUUGUCGGUUCGGAACUUUUCUGCCAGUCUGACGAGUAUCCAGGCUCAGCUCAGUUUGCCGGCGGAGAAUCCACCACCUGUUUCACUCCUCUCGCCUGCCGCUUCUGGAGCUGUUCCCUUCCGUGAGCCCAAGGUUCCGACGCCAGAUAAGUAUGAAGGGGAUUUGGGAAGAUGCCGUUCUUUUCUUAUGCAGUGUGGAUUGGUGUUUGAUCUGCAGCCCAACUCUUAAGCCACAGACAAGGCCAGGAUAGCUUUUGUAAUUGGACUGCUGCGUGGAAGAGCCCUGGAGUGGGCUUCAGCCGUAUGGGAACGACAGGAGACCUGCCUGGCGUCAUACCAGGAAUUCACGGCAGAGAUGAGGAGGCUUUUUGACCAUCCAGUCCGAGGUAAGGACGCAGCUAAGCGUCUGUUCUCGCUUUGCCAAGGAGCUCGCAGUGUAGCAGACUAUGUUAUUGAAUUCAGGACAUUGGCUGUGGAGAGUGGGUGGAAUGAGGAGUCACUACCAGCAAUUUUUUAUCAGGGGUUGUCGGAGCAACUCAAGGAUGAGCUGAUCUCCUAUCCUGAGACUAGUGACCUGGACAGUUUGGUUGCAUUAUCCAUUCGGGUAGAUAACAGAGUCCGAGAGAGAAGGAGGGAGAAGCAAUGGGGGCCGUCCAAUCACUCAGCUACUCGGUUACCAUUCGGGUCAGGAAGUGGACCAGAAUGUGCCGAUCAUUUUUCACCACACGGGAUUAGAGGAAGGGUCCUGCCUCCAGAUCCGGAACCCAUGCAAGUGGGGCGGCACGGGUUAACCAAGGAGGAGCGCCAACGUAGACGUGAGACCGACAGCUGCCUCUACUGUGGUAGCCCGGGACAUUACAUCUCCGCUUGUACCCAGCGCUCGUUAAACUGUCCUAAGUUUGGGAGGACUUUUAGCGAGCCAGUUUCAGCCUCUCAAUUGCCCUGUCCGACCCCGUUUUCCUGCAACCCUCAUGAACAAGAAUCAGAGUUUAGCGAUCAACGCGUUUAUUGAUUCAGGUGCCGAUGGCAGCUUUAUGGAUGCUGACUUGGUGGAACAGCUGGGGCUUUCCAAGGAGCAAUUACCGAAAGCCAUUGAAGCUACCACUCUGAACGGCAGUCUUUUGGCACGUAUCACUAUGAGGACUGAACCGGUGAAGAUGCUGUUGUCAGGGAAUCAUUCAGAGGUUAUCUCCUUCUUCAUUCUGCAUUCUCCCCAUGUUCCCCUGGUUCUUGGAUACCCCUGGCUGAGAGAACACAAUCCCACGUUCGAUUGGGUGACGGGUAAGGUAACUAGUUGGAGCAUUGAGUGUCAUGCCUUAGGACUGCCUGUUCCCAUGCUGUUCCCAGUCGGGUCAUUGAUUCUGCCCCCCCAGAUUUGUCCCUGGUUCCAGAGACAUAUCACGAUUUGGGUGAAGUGUUCAGUAAGCAGAAGGCUCUGUCACUUCCUCCCCACCGACCUUAUGAUUGUGCGAUUAAUCUGUUUCCUGGAGCUGCCUUUCCCAAGGGACGUUUAUUUAUUUUUUUAUUUCACCUUUAUUUAACCAGGUAAACCAGUUGAGAACAGGUUCUCAUUUACAACUGCGACCUGGCCAAGAUAAAGCAAAGCAGUGCAAUAAAAACAACACAGAGUUACAUAUGGGGUAAAAAAAACAUAAAGUCAAAAAUACAACAGAAAAUAUAUAUACAGUGUGUGCAAAUGUAGCAAGUUAUGGAGGUAAGGCAAUAAAUAGGCUAUAGUGCAGAAUAAUUACAAUAGUAUUAACACUGGAAUGCUAGAUGUGCAAGAGAUUAUGUGCAAAUAGAGAUACUGGGGUGCAAAAGAGCAAAAUAAAUAACAAUAUAGGGAUGAGGUAGUUGGGUGGGCUAAUUUCAGAUGGGCUGUGUACAGGUGCAGUGAUCGGUAAGGUGCUCUGACAACUGAUGCUUAAAGUUAUUGAGGGAGAUAAGAGUCUCCAGCUUCAGAGAUUUUUGCAAUUCGUUCCAGUCAUUGGCAGCAGAGAACUGGAAGGAAUGGCGGCCAAAGGAGGUGUUGGCUUUGGGAAUGACCAGUGAGAUAUACCUGCUGGAGCGCAGACUACGGGUGGGUGCUGCUAUGGUGACCAAUGAGCUAAGAUAAGGCGGGGAUUUGCCUAGCAGUGAUUUAUAGAUGGCCUGGAGCCAGUGGGUUUGACGACGAACAUGUAGUGAGGACCAGCCAACAAGAGCGUACAGGUCACAGUGGUGGGUAGUGUAUGGGGCUUUGGAGACAAAACGGAUGGCACUGUGACAGACUACAUCCAAUUUGCUGAGUAGAGUGUUGGAGGCUAUUUUGUAAAUGACAUCGCCGAAGUCAAGGAUCGGUAGGAUAGUCAGUUUUACGAGGGCAUGUUUGGCAGCAUGAGUGAAGGAGGCUUUGUUGCGAAAUAGGAAGCCGAUUCUAGAUUUAACUUUGGAUUGGAGAUUCUUUAUGUGAGUCUGGAAGUUGAGUUUACAGUCUAACCAGACACCUAGGUAUUUGUAGUUGUCCACAUACUCUAGGUCAGACCCGUCGAGAGUGGUGAUUCUAGUCGGGUGGGCGGGUGCCAGCAGCGUUCGAUUGAAAAGCAUGCAUUUAGUUUUACUAGUGUUUAAGAGCAGUUGGAGGCUACUGAAGGAUUGUUGUAUGGCAUUGAAGCUUGUUUGGAGGUUUGUUAACACAGUGUCCAAUGAAGGGCCAGAUGUAUACAAAAUGGUGUCGUCUGCGUAGAGGUGGAUCUGAGAGUCACCAGCAGCAAGAGCGACAUCAUUGAUAUACACGGAGAAAAGUGUCGGCCCAAGAAUUGAACCCUGUGGCACCCCCAUAGAGACUGGUCCAGACAACAGGCCCUCUGAUUUGACACACUGAACUCUAUCUGAGAAGUAGUUGGUGAACCAGGCGAGGCAGUCAUUUGAGAAACCAAGGCUAUUUAGUCUGCCAAUAAGAAUGCGGUGGUUGACAGAGUCGAAAGCCUUGGCCAGGUCGAUGAAGACGGCUGCACAGUACUGUCUAUUAUCAAUCGCGGUUAUAAUAUCGUUUAUGACCUUGAGCGUGGCUGAAGUGCACCCGUGACCAGCUCGGAAACCGGAUUGCAUAGCGGAGAAGGUACGGUGGUAUUCGAAAUGGUCGGUGAUCUGUUUGUUAACUUGGCUUUCAAAUACUUUCGAAAGGCAGGGCAGGAUGGAUAUAGGUCUGUAGCAGUUUGGAUCUAGAGUGUCACCCCCUUUGAAGAGGGGGAUGACCGCGGCAGCUUUCCAAUCUCUGGGGAUCUCAGACGUUAUGAAAGAGAGGUUGAACAGACUAGUAAUAGGGGUUGCGACAAUUUCGGCUGCUAGUUUUAGAAAGAAAGGGUCCAGAUUGUCUAGCCCAGCUGAUUUGUAGGGGUCCAGAUUUUGCAGCGCUUUCAAAACAUCAGCUGUCUGAAUUUGUGUGAAGGAGAAGCGGGGGGGGGGGGCAUGGGCAAGUUGCAGCAGAGGGUGCAGAGUUGGUGGCCGGGUUAGUGGUAGCCAGAUGGAAAGCAUGGCCAGCUGUAGCAAAAUGCUUGUUGAAAUUCUCGAUUAUUGUAGAUUUAUCGGUGGUGAUAGUGUUUCCUAGCCUCAGUGCAGUGGGCAGCUGGGAGGAAGUGCUCUUAUUCUCCAUGGACUUUACAGUGUCCCAAAACUUUUUGGAGUUAGUGCUACAGGAUGCAAAUUUCUGUUUGAAAAAGUUAGCCUUUGCUUUCCUGACUGCUUGUGUAUAUUGGUUCCUAACUUCCCUGAAAAGUUGCAUAUCGCGGGGGCUAUUUGAUGCUAAUGCUGUACGCCACAGGAUGUUUUUGUGCUGGUCAAGGGCAGUCAAGUCUGAGGAGAACAAGGGGCUAUAUCGGUUCUUAGUUCUGUAUUUUUUGAAUGGGGCAUGUUUAUUUAAGAUUGAGAGGAAAUUACUUUUAAGGAACAACCAGGCAUCCUCUACUGACGGAAUGAGAUCUAUAUCCAUCCAGGAUACCUGGGCCAGGUCAAUUAGGAAGGCAUGCUCGCUAAAGUGUUUUAGGGAGCGUUUGACAGUGAUGAGGGGUGGUCGUUUGACCGCGGACCCGUUACUGACGCAGGCAAUAAGGCAGUGAUCGCUGAGAUCCUGGUUGAAGACAGCUGAGGUGUAUUAAGAGGGUAUGUUAGUCAGGAUGAUAUCUAUGAGGGUACCCAUGUUUACAGAUUUAGGGUUGUACCUGGUAGGUUCGUUGAUAAUUUGCGUGAGGUUGAGGGCAUCUAGCUUGGAUUGUAGGAUGGCUGGGGUAUUAAGCAUAUCCCAAUUUAGGUCACCAAGCAGUAAAAACUCUAAGGAUAAAUGGGGGGCAAUCAAUUCACAUAUGGUGUCCAGGGCACAGCUGGGGGCUGAGGGGGGUCUGUAGCAAGCGGCAAAGGUGAGACACUUACUUCUGGAAAGGUGGAUUUUUAGAAGUAGAAGCUCAAACUGUUUGGGCACAGACCUGGAUAGUAUGAUAGAGCUCUGCAGGCUAUCUCUACAGUAGAUUGCAACUCCACCCCCUUUGGCAGUUCUAUCUAGACGGAAAAUGUUAUAGUUGGGGAUGGAAAUUUCAGAAUUUUUGGUGGCCUUCCUGAGCCAGGAUUCAGACACUGCUAGAACAUCAGGGUUGGCAGAGUGUGCUAACGCAGUGAAUAACUCAAACUUAGGAAGUAGACUUCUGAUAUUUAUGUGCAAGAAACCAAGACUUUUGCGAUUACAGAAGUCAUCAAAUGAUAGCGCCUGGGGAGUAGGAGUGAUACUGAGGGCUGCAGGGCCUGGGUUAGCCUCUACAUCACCAGAGGAACAGAGGAGGACUAGAAUAAGGAUACGGCUAAAGGCUUUAAGAACUGGUCUUCUAGUGCGUUGGGUACAUAGAAUAAAGGGGGCAGAUUUCCGGGUGUUAUAGAAAAGAUUCAGGGCAUUAUGUACAGACAAGGAUAUGGAAGGAUAUGAGUAAAGUGGAGGUAAACCUAAGCGUUGGGUAACAAUGAAAGAGAUAGUAUCGCUGGAGGCAUCAAUUGAGUCGGUCUCCGCGUGUAUAGGGGGAGGGGCAAAGGAGCUAUCUAAGGCAGGUUUAGCUAGGCUGGGGGGUCUACAGUGAUAUAGUAAAAUUAGAAAUAACCGAAACAACAAUAAACUAACCAUGUUUGGGCUGAGGCUAAACAUAAACAGGAUGUAGUACCGUAAAAAGGAACAGUCCAGCAGACAUCAGCUGUAUAGCUGAGUUAUCAUAAGGUCCGGUGGUAAACUAGUGAGUAAGAGGCCACGGCUAGCGUGUGCUAGCGGGCCGGGGCUAGCAGAUGGAUGGAAUCUUCUUGGUUAACGUCGUAACCACAUCAGACGAUUUCGUCGGCAGACCAGUCGUGUCGGAUCGGCGGGGCUCCGUGUCAACACUAGGUGGUCCCGUCCGGUUGACAGAGAGGUAGAUAGCCGGGAGAUGGGCCUAGCUCAGGAUGAUUAGCCAGACCACAGCGUCCGUUUUGUUGUAGCUAGCUGAUAGCGAUGAAUCCGGAGUUAAAGGUCCAGUGAUUCAGUGAUUCCGGCGGAAAAACUGAUAUGUUCUGGGUCGAUAACGCGCUGUGCAGACUGGCCGAAUAUCCAGUGAUUAAUGUCCAGUGAUUAAAAUUAAUCCCGCAGAAAAAAUCCAAUGUUCUGGGUGAAAUACCGCUAGCUGAGGCUAAUAGCAAGUAGCUAGUUAGCUGGCUAGCUGGCUUCAACUGGAGAUUCUAGAUUCUAGAUAAAGGUAAGUCAAUAAUAGAAUCCGUUCCACAUUGAGUGAGGCGGGUUGCAGGAAAGUAUAUUUUGUAGAAGGAUGAAAAGUCUGAUAUGGAAAUAUGUACGAAAAAUACAGAAAAAUAGGGUAUUUAAAGGCUAUUUACAGACAUACGAUAAAAACACAACUGCACUACUACGCCAUCUUGGAAAAAAAAGUAUACAGUAUCUCUCGACCUGAACGUGAAGCCUUGGAGACCUACAUAAAGGAGUCUCUUGCUGCUGGUCUCAUUCGUCCCUCGUCAUCACCCCUGGGAGUAGGAUUCUUUUUUGUGAGUAAGAAGGAUGGCUCUCUUUGACCGUGUAUUGAUUAUCGGGGUUUGAAUGAUAUUACGGUCAAGAACAAGUAUCCCCUGCCCUUGAUGAGCUCUGCUUUCGACUCUUUACAGGGUGCUACUGUGUUCACGAAGCUUGAUCUACGCAAUGCGUAUCAUCUGGUCCGGAUCAGAGAGGGGGACGAGUGGUUGACUGGGUUCAAUACACCUAUGGGACAUUUCGAGUACCAAGUGAUGGCGUUUUGACUGACCAACGCCCCAGCAGUGUUCCAAAGUAUGGUGAAUGACGUUCUGAGAGAUAUGAUCGGUCUUUUUGUGUUCGUUUACCUGGAUGACAUUCUCAUCUUCUCGAAGGAGCUUUCCAGCCACGUCCAGCAUGUCAAGCAGGUCCUGCAGCGUUUAUUGGAGAACCGCCUGUUUAUGAAGGCAGAGAAGUGUGAUUUUCACGCCCACACUAUAUCCUUCCUCGGGUACAUCAUCUCCAGGGGAGUGAUUAAUCCUGUUGUGGUUCGACUCAAAUUGCCUAGGACGCUCAGAGUCCAUCCCACCUUUCAUGUCUCCUGCCUCAAGCCUGUUCUCCUCAGCCCUCUGCUGCCCCCUCCGCCUCCUCCUCCUCCUCCUCGGAUGAUCGGAGGUGGCCCUGUCUACACGGUGCGCCACAUCAUGGAUUCCAGACGGCGGGGUCGGGGUUUCCAGUAUCUCGUGGACUGGGAGGAGUAUGGUCCUGAGGAGAGGAGUUGGAUUCCUCGGCGUCAGAUCCUUGAUGCUGACCUCCUUCGUGACUUCUACAGCCUCCAUCCUGGCGCUCCGGGUAGUCCGCCCAGUGGCGUUCGUCGGAGGGGGGCUACUGUCAUGAAUCCCACUUCCUGAGUCUGUUUCUGCCUGAGUUGCCUGUUUUCUGUCUUGGAGUCUGUUCCUGAAGGUUCCUGAACGCACCCUGUCUGGUUGCCGGGCGACGAAGCUAGGCGGGAGAUCUCUCGAUUACCCGCACCUGCAUCUCAUCAGCUAUCUGCACACCUGGUCCUGAUCAUCACCUCUUCACUUCAUAAGCUCUGACCUGACAUCCAUUCCCUGCCGGAUCGUUAGCCAUGAACAGUAUGUUGUGUCAGCGUAUCAGCCUCAAGUUUUCUAGAGCUAGUUUUGUUGUUUUGUACUUUUUGGUUGCCGUGUAUUUACCUCCGUUUACUCUUUCUACAGUUAUUCUCCCGGAACAUUCACUCCACCCUUGCCUGGUCGUCGGUGGGUUCUGUAACAUCAUUGGAUCUGCCUAUUCACUUCCACCAACUCACCUCCGCUGCCCGCUCCGUCUCCUGAAUUAUCCUGCUUCCACAUUUGAGUCGUUAAAUAAAUACUCCCCUUCUGUCUACUCACCUUGUCCUGGUCUGCUUCUGGGUUCUGCUUUAGAGAAUCGUGACACCAUCCCUCCAUCCACCCCUCAUCUAUCCAUCCAUCCAUCCCUCCCUCAUCCAUCCAUCCCUCCCUCAUCCCUGUCUUUCCCCUCUGUUUCUUCUUCCCUUAUCUUUGUCCUUCCAUCUGGCUCUCCCUUUCACUUCUACCCUGACACCUCUCCCUCUCUCCUUCUCUUCUUCUCCUCCUCCUGGUGCUCUGUCGUUUGACAGCUGUCAAUCACACACACACACACUGCCAAGGUAGCAGCAACAGGGAGUUGUUGUGACCUGUGUGUGUGUGUGCGUGUGCGUGUGUGUGCAUGUGUGUGGCUGUCCAUGUGUACGUGUGUGUGUCUGUAUGUAUCCGCCUGGCACUACCUCACAUACAGUACCAGUCAAAUGUUUGGUCACACCUACUCAUUCAAGGGUUUUUCUUUAUUUUUACUAUUUUCUACAUUGUAGAAUAAUAGUGAUGACAUCAAAACAAUGAAAUAACACAUAUUGAAUCAUGUAGUAACCAAAAAAGUGUUAAACAAAUCGAAAUAUCUUUUAUAUUUGAGAUUUUUCAAAGUAACCACCCUUUUGCUUUUUGAUGACAGCUUUUGCACACUCUUGGCAUUAUCUCAACCAGCUUCACCUGGAAUGCUUUUCCAACAGUCUUGAAGGAGUUCCCACAUCUGCUGAGCACUUGUUGGCUGCUUUUACUUCACUCUGCAGUCCAACUCAUCCCAAACCAUCUCAAUUGGGUUGAGGUCGGGUGAUUGUGGAGGCCAGGUCAUGCAGCACUCCAUCAUGCAGCACUCCAUCACUCUCAAUCUUGGUCAAAUAGCUGGAGAUCAUCCAUUCACCUUCUCUGCGUCUCACAAAGACACGGCGGUUGGAACCAGAAAUCUCAAAUUUGGACUCAUCAGACCAAAGGACAGAUUUUCACUGGUCUAAUUUCCAUAGCUCGUGUUUCUUGGCCCAAGCAAGUCUCUUCUUCUUAUUGGUGUGCUUUAGUAGUGGUUUCUUUGCAGCAAUUCGACCAUGAAGGCCUGAUUCACACAGUCUCCUCUGAACAGUUGAUGUGGAGAUGUGUCUGUGACUUGAACUCUGUGAAGUAUUUAUUUGGGCUGUAAUUUCUGAGGCUGGUAAAUUAUCCUCUGCAGCAGAGGUAACUCUGGGUCUUCCUUUCCUGUGCCGGUCCUCAUGAGAGCCAGUUUCAUCAUAGCGCUUGAUGGAUUUUGCAAUGGCACUUGAAGAAACUUUAAAAGUUCUUGAAAUUUUCCAGAUUGACUGACCUUCAUGCCUUAAAGUAAUGAUGGACUGUCAUUUCUCUUUGCUUAUUUGAACUGUUCUUGCCAUAAAAUGGACUUGGUCUUUUACCAAAAAGGGCUAUCUUCUGUAUACCAACCCGACCUUGUCACAACACAACUGAUUGGCUCAAACGCAUUAAGAAGGAAAGAAAUUCCACAAAUUAACAUUUAAGAAGGCACACAUGUUAAUUGAAAUGCAUUCCAGGUGACUACCUCAUGACGCUGGUUGAGAGAAUGCCAAGAGUGUGCAAAGCUGUCAUCAAGGCAAAGGGCGGAUACUUUGAAGAAUCUACAAUAUAUUUUGAUUUGUUUAACACUUUUUUGGUUACUACAUGAUUCCAUAUGUGUUAUUUCAUAGUUUUGAUGUCUUCACUAUUAUUCUACAAUGUAGAAAAUAGUAAAAAUAAAGAAAAACCCUUGAAUGAGUAGGUGUGUCCAAACAUUUGACUGGUACUGUAAGUGCCCUGUACUGUAUAAACACUAGCACACCAGAACACAAAGCAUGUUGGCUAGCAGAUCUGAAUUACUUAACCCUCAAUAGUGCUGCUUGGCGAGUCACGAGCCAUACACACUCCAGUAUGUUCUGUAGGGUAGCCUAUGUUACGCACGAUUACAUUGACCACCUCCUCUCCAUCAUGCUCCAGCUGCACAUAUGAAUGCACGCCCACACAUGCAAUUCCUACGCUCACAUGCUCGCUAAAAGAGAAACACAUUAGUUGACGUUCUAUGCUAUCUUUUUACGCACAUAAGGUCACAUUCAGAGUUCCUGCAUGCUCCACUAUACAAACUGGCUGCAUUAGGGCCUCGCAUCAUAGCCUGAGCACAGGCAGACUCUAUCUGAAAUUCUAAUCACCAAACACAGGCAUUACUAUUCUGAUGACUAUUCCUGCUAUGCAGGCGGCUAAGCUUUCUACAAAGUUUUGGUUAAACCGUGAAGGCCAAAGCCAUUUCUUCAAAAAAACAAAUUUGUAUUAUUUUUGGAUAAACACAAUCUCAACUCUCUUCCUCUCCCUCUCUCUCUUUCUCUCUCUCUUUGGCUGCCUUUCUCCGUUUCGCUCCAAGUUCAUUUAUACAUUAUCCGUCUUUUCUUAAUAAUCUAUCCCUCUUAUCUUUCAAUUUUCCCCCUUUGCCUCCCUCCGUCUGGGCCUCCCUUUCUUCUCCUCUGUGUAAAGCACAUUACCUCUCUAUCUCCAUUUCUGUGCUGCUGUUCCUUUCUCAUUCCCCCCUCACUGCCUCCCCCUCUCCCCUUAUCUCUUCCCCCUGUAUCCCUUCAUCUCUCCUUCUUUACCUCCCCUCUUCUCUAUCUCUCCGCCUGGCUUGCUCUGCAUUCCGUGGUCCCUCGCUCCCCGCCCUCCGUGCUGUCCCCCUGGCCCUGACUGAAAUUAAAACCUGACCGUGAUGGCUUGGCCUGUCCACCUCUCCCGCCAAGGCCUGGCCAUAUGGGCCUAAGAAAUAGACCUUGAAGUAUAAGAUAAAGUACAUCAAAACUGCCACGGUCUCGCGGCUCUGUGGGCACUGUAUAUUUUUAGAUACCAUUUCACAUUUUUACAAGCUGUUUCUGUGCCUCUUUUUCUCCACCCUCCCCUCUCUCCCUCUCCCCCCCUUUCUCUCUUCUUCUCUCUCUCUCUCUCUUUCUCUUUUUCUCUCUUUUUGUUAUAGUCAGACAGACUGGUCUCAGUCUGACAGUGAGGCGAGAGUCUGCAGUGAUUAACACUGAUUAAAGUAGUUAACAAGGCUCUCUCAUUCUGUGUGUGUGUGUCGGUGUGUACACGUUUUACUAGUACACAAGAAUAGUAAACCAACUAAAAUUCAGAGAAUUUAGAACAUUUUGCCAGUCCAUUUUGUGUGUGCUCACUCACUUCCGUGUGCAUGUGUGUUUUCCCCUUUGUCUCAUUCUCACCUUGUCUUGUUUCCACAACCACCACAUUCACAGAUGAACACAACCCCAGUUUUUAACCCAGAAGUGCAAUAUCAAUCUGCAGUCUGUAAAAAACCUCCAUCUUUUUCUCCUAUUGUAUUUGUCCUUCGAAAUACGUAUUGUCCCAUAUUAGGCUACAUUAAAGUGUUUCUUCUGCCCAUUGAAGGUGUUGAUGUAGUCUCACUGGCUGCGUUUCAAAUGGCACCCUGAGAGAGAGAGAUUUUCUUUUGUUUGCCUAUUCUUGGGCAAAUGUAGUGGCCGCUCAUGGUGGGUGUCUUAUGUUCCAGUUGUUGUUUCUAGUCAGUGGACACCCCCAUGAGUGUCUUUCAGAACCCCUCCUAUAACCCCACCUGUUUUGGUUGUUGUCAGUAACUCUUUGUUAGUUCCCCCUUCUGUUUGAGCGACAUGAUUUGGUUUUCUAGCUGGGGAACGUAACAACCAGUUCUGGAGUGGGAUUUCAAAGAUGGUGGGUUUAGUGAAUUUGGAAAGUAUGAGAUUGUUUAUUUUGCUGCACUUGGUUUAGUACAUACUCCCUCUGCCAUGUAAUUCCAGCUAAUGCUCAUCUUUCUCUUCUCAAUAUAUUUGGCGGUCCUUGACGAGCCAGCCACUCAACUGUUCAUUGAUUGAUUUCAUUUGACAAUUUAACAUUUUGGGCUAUUGACUUUAUUGUGUCAAAACACAUACACACAGUACAUACAUUUUAACACUUGUCAGGGAUGACGGUCAAUGACUUAUUUCAUUGUGGUCCCUUACAUUAACAUUUAAGUCAUUUAGCAGAUGCUCUUAUCCAGAGCGACCCUUAUUUCCAUUCAUAAGAACCUUGAAUCCCUAUUAGAAGAAAAAUGAUCCUACAGCGUAAGUAAACUUGUAGAACGUCUGGGUAUUAUAUAGACACGGAGUCAGAAUAAAGAACUUGCCUUGGAGAAGACCUUGACAUAGGUUCACCCACUUUAUUGUUUUAUCACAGAUAAUACCUUGAACGUAUGUAUUCUCUCCUGUUUAGUAAGGUCUUUAUGUACCUGCCGCCCAAGUCAUGGACCUGAGACAGAGAGAGCUGGAAUAAACAGAGAGAGAAACCACGUGUUCUUGUGCCAGUCAAUUAUUCAGGAAGCAAAAUAUGGUCCAUCUUCCACCGCUCUGCUCUUGCUGCUCUAAACCUGGAUGGCCUGGACUCACCUUAUACCAGGAUACAGAUUUAGUUGCUACCUGAGUAGUUUUCCUCAGCACUGCACCAGUGUACUGUUGUGUAACGUGUAAAUAAUUACCCUGGGCGUCUUCACUUGGCUAUGUAAGGCAAGCUGUAGGUUGUUUGCACAAACAGAUAUUUUAAAGGGACAGGUUAUUUUAAGAAGGGAUCAAACAUUCAUUCAUUUUUUUCUGCUAUUUCUGUGUGUGUAUGUUGUAAUUAUUUUCACACGGUGUGCCUUCAGAAAGUAUUCACACCCCUGGCCUACACACAAUACCCCAUAAUGUCAAAGUGUAAAUAUGUUUUUCUGAAUUUUUACAAGUUAAUAGAAAAUGAAAAGCUGAAAUGUCUUCAGUCAAUAAGUGUUCAACCCCUUUGUCAUGGCAAGCCUAAAUAAGUUGCAUGGACUCACUCUGUGUGUAAUAGUGUUUAACAUGAUUUUUGAAUGACUACCUCCUCUCUAUACCCCACACAUACAAUUAUCUGUAAGGGCCCUCAGUCAAGCAGUCAAUUUCAAACACAGAUUCAACCACAAAGACCAGGGAGGUUUUCCAAUGCCUCACAAAGAAGGGCACCUAUUGGUAGAUGGGUCAAAAUAAGACAUUGAAUAUACCUUUGAGCAUGGUGAAGUUAUUAAUUACACUUGGGAUGGUGUAUCAAUACACCCAGUCACUACAAAGAUACAGGCGUCCUUCCUAACUCAGUUGCCAGAGAGGAAGGAAACCACUCUCGGGAUUUCACCAUGAGGCCAAUGGAGACUUUAAAACAGUUAUAGAGUUUAAUGUCUGUGAUAGGAGAAAACUGAGGAUGGAUCAACAACAUUGUAGUUACUCCACAAUACUAACCUAAUUGACAGAGUGAAAAGAUGGAAGCCUGUACAGAAUAGAAAUAUUCCAAAACAUUCAUCCUGUUUGCAACAAGGAACUAAAGUAAUAUUGCAAAAAUGUUGUAAAGAAAUGUACUUUAUGCCCUGAAUACAAAGUGUUAUGUUUGGGUCAAAUCCAAAACAACACCAUACUGAGUACCACUCUCCAUAUUUUCAAGUUGUGGUGGCUGCAUCAUGUUAUGGGUAUGCUUGUAAUUGUUAAGGACUGGGGAGUUUUUCAGGAUAAAUAAUAAACUAAAUGGAGCUAAGCACAGACAAAAUCCUAGAUGAAAACCUGGUUCAGACUGCUUUCCACCAGACACUGGGUGAUUAAUUCACCUUUCAGCAGGACAAUAACCUAAAACACAAGGCCAAAUCUACAUUGGAGUUGCUUACCAAGAAGACAGUGAAUGUUCCUGAGUGGCCGAGUUACAGUUUUGACUUAAAUCUACUUGAAAAUCUAUGGCAAUACCCGAAAAUGUCUAGCAAUGAUCAACAACCAAUUUGACAGGGCUUGAAGAAUUUUGAAAAUAAUAAUGGGCAAAUGUUGCACAAUCCAGGUGUGCAAAGCUCUUAGAGACUUACCCAGAAAGACUCACAGCUGUAAUCACUGCCAAAUGUGCUUCUACAAAGUAUUGACUCAGGGGUGUGAAUACUUAUGUAAAUGAGAUAUUUCUGUAUUUCAUUUUCAAUAAAUUUGCUAAAAUUUCUAAAAACAUGUUUUCACUUGUCAUUAAAGGAUAUUGUGUGUAGAUGGGUGAGGAAUAAAAUCUAUUUAAUCCAUUUAGAAUUCAAGAUGUAACACAACAAAAUGUGGAAUAUGUCAAGGGGUAUGAAUACUUUCUGAAGGCACUGUAUGGGUAACUAUGUGGACAGUGUGUGUAUAAGAAUAAGCAAUGUACAGUAUGUGUGUUGAUAUGCUCACAAGCACAAGUUUGCAUACCGUGGAUUUGUGUGUGUCCGUACAUACGUGUGUAUGUGCACGUUUGCAUAAAUCGCUGCAGUUGCUCUGGCUCAGACACUAAAGGCCACGUUACUCUAUUGAGCUUCCUGAGGUUGGCACUGUGUUGAAGGCCCAGACUAAAUAGGGUAGCACUCCUUUUCUCCUCUCGCUCUCCCUUUCUACUUCUCUCCCUCUCCAAUGAUCUCUCUCUUCUGUUCUAUCCCUCUCACUCAUCCUCUAUCUCUCUCACUCUCUCUUCCUUUCUCUCCCUUUCUCUCUUUCUCUCUCUCUCAUACUCUCUCUCAUUAUCAUUCCCCCCCCCCUCUCUCUCUCUCUCUCUCAGUGCGAACCCAAAGGAGAGGCUUAAAGAGUUAGGUUUGUGAAAGCUAACACCCCACUGUAGCAGACUUCCUAUGAGAGCUGCUGAGGCUCUCACACACUUCAAAGCUCACACUGCUCUUUGAAACCUUGGAAGUAGGUAUGGUUCUGUUGUCUUAUGGCUUCAGUGUGCUUCUUCCUGGGUUUACUUUUCUAUUUCUCGGGGCUGUUCGCUGGCAUUCUUUGUCCUUCGGUUUAUGUGUUUGUCUGUUGACUGUGUGUGUGUGUCUUACACGAGUCAAAUGUAAUGGAGUCUGUUGCACAUGUUGUUAAUGGUUGCCGCUCAUACAAAGACCUGCACAUAGCUAGACAUGACCGCCUUGUCGACCUGAUAGCUACUGAGGUGAGAGGGGUAGCCUCACCAACAGCACACAUUCACAAACCUUCUCUUGUCAUUGGAGGAUGGUUUGAUGAUGAUGUGUUUUCUUGUAUACCAACUAUGCCAGAUAUUGUUGUUGUGGGGGGACGCCGGAGGGAGAUGCUCAUUUUGGAAGUGGGUUGCUCUUUUCACUCUUACAUGGAGCAGGCCUUUGCUGACAAGUUACUGAAAUACCAGCCCCUCAUGUCACGCUUGAGCAACCUUGGUUAUCAGUGCAAGCUUGUGGUGCUGAUGUUCGGGAGUCUCUGCCAUGUACAUAGGCUGACAGUACAAGGUCAUCAGAUUGCAGGCCUGCAUAAGACAGAGGCAAAGCAGCUAACAAGGUACUGCUCCGUGUCAGCAGUCAUGGGCAGCCUUGCUGUGUGGAGAAUGAGGCGCUAACUGUACCCAUAAGUGUCCAAAUUUCCAUGUCCUUAGAAAUGUUUGUUUCCUUCUCGAGUGUAAUGUGAUUUGUGGAUUCAAAUAAAGUUUUUAAUAUACAGUGGGGGAAAAAAGUAUUUAGUCAAUAAACCAAUUGUGCAAGUUCUCCCACUUAAAAAGAUGAGAGAGGCCUGUAAUUUUCAUCAUAGGUACACGUCAACUAUGACAGACAAAAUGAGAAUAAAAAAUCCAGAAAAUCACAUUGUAGGAUUUUUAAUGAAUUUAUUUGCAAAUUAUGGUGGAAAAUUAAGUAUUUGGUCAAUAAAAAAAGUUUCUCAAUACUUUGUUAUAUACCCUUUGUUGGCAAUGACACAGGUCAAAUGUUUUCUGUAAGUCUUCACAAGGUUUUCACACACUGUUGCUGGUAUUUUGGCCCAUUCCUCCAUGCAGAUCUCCUCUAGAGCAGUGAUGUUUUGGGGCUGUCGCUGGGCAACACGGACUUUCAACUCCCUCCAAAGAUUUUCUAUGGGGUUGAGAUCUGGAGACUGGCUAGGCCACUCCAGGACCUUGAAAUGCUUCUUACGAAGCCACUCCUUCGUUGCCCGGGCGGUGUGUUUGGGAUCAUUGUUCUGCUGAAAGACCCAGCCACGUUUCAUCUUCAAUGCCCUUGUUGAUGGAAGGAGGUUUUCACUCAAAAUCUCACGAUACAUGGCCCCAUUCAUUCUUUCCUUUACACGGAUCAGUCGUCAUGGUCCCUUUGCAGAAAAACAGCCCCAAAGCAUGAUGUUUCCACCCCCAUGCUUCACAGUAGGUAUGGUGUUCUUUGGAUGCAACUCAGCAUUCUUUGUCCUCCAAACACGACGAGUUGAGUUUUUACCAAAAAGUUCUAUUUUGGUUUCAUCUGACCAUAUGACAUUCUCCCAAUCCUCUUCUGGAUCAUCAAAAUGCACUCUAGCAAACUUCAGACGGGCCUGGACAUGUACUGGCUUAAGCAGGGGGACACGUCUGGCACUGCAGGAUUUGAGUCCCUGGCGGCGUAGUGUGUUACUGAUGGUAGGCUUUGUUACUUUGGUCCCAGCUCUCUGCAGGUCAUUCACUAGUCCCCCCGUGUGGUUCUGGGAUUUUUGCUCACCGUUCUUGUGAUCAUUUUGACCCCACGGGGUGAGAUCUUGCGUGGAGCCCCAGAUCGAGGGAGAUUAUCAGUGGUCUUGUAUGUCUUCCAUUUCCUAAUAAUUGCUCCCACAGUUGAUUUCUUCAAACCAAGCUGCUUACCUAUUGCAGAUUCAGUCUUCCCAGCCUGGUGCAGGUCUACAAUUUUGUUUCUGGUGUCCUUUGACAGCUCUUUGGUCUUGGCCAUAGUGGAGUUUGGAGUGUGACUGUUUGAGGUUGUGGACAGGUGUCUUGUAUACUGAUAACAAGUUCAAACAGGUGCCAUUAAUACAGGUAACGAGUGGAGGACAGAGGAGCCAGUUACAGGUCUGUGAGAGCCAGAAAUCUUGCUUGUUUGUAGGUGACCAAAUACUUAUUUUCCACCAUAAUUUGCAAAUAAAUUCAUUAAAAAUCCUACAAUGUGAUUUUCUGGAUUUUCUUUUCUCAUUUUGUCUGUCAUAGUUGACGUGUACCUAUGAUGAAAAUUACAGGCCUCUCUCAUCUUUUUAAGUGGGAGAACAUGCACAAUUGGUGGCUGACUAAAUACUUUUUCCCCCCACUGUAUGUGUGUGUGUUUGCAUGCGUGAGUGCGUGCGUCUGUGUGUCCUAGUGUGGGCACGUGUCUGUGCGCGUGUGCGUGUCCACAUACCUCCUCCAGGAGUCCUCUCACCCCUUGGCUCUUCUACACCAUUGUCUCAUCAAUGUGGCCUGUAGCCUGAGAGGAGACAUGUCUACAGGAUAAGCACUGUGUUCUCGUAUGCCUUCGCCGAAACAACAUGUGCCUGACAUUCCCACUGAGGAGGGCACUGUGGAGAAUUCACUGUGAUGAGAGCCUCCAUUCUCUGACACAACCCAUUUCGAGUGAGCUCUCAGAUAGCGAGCCUUGUCUACACCACAGCUUUUUGUAUUGGUAUCAAUACAGCUCUUCUGAGAGAACGAGGGAAUAGAUAAAGAAAGAGAGAGAAUGAGAUCUGCUUUUCAUCAGGAGGCACUUUGAGAAAGAAUAGAGGUGAGCCAGAGGCCUUUAAUAUCCACUCACAAUUAGAGACUCACCUUCAGAGACAAAUGAGAGAGGGCAGAGGGCAAAUGGCUCCUCAUUCCUCACAGUGCACUGCUUUUGACCAGAGCCCAUAUGGCUCUGGGCCUGGUUUCCCAAAGGCAUCUUAAGGCUAAGUUCAUCGUUAUAGCAUAGGAUCAAGUAGAACUAAUGAUGAACUUAGCCUUAAGAUGCUUUUGGGGAACUGGGCCCUGGUCAAAAGCAGUGUACAAUAUAGUGUAAAUAGAGUGCCAUUUGGCAUACAGACAUACACUCCUCUCAUACCUCUGCUGAUAGAAAAUACAUUAUUAUAGGCUAGUAGUUUUGUACUUCUGAAGUACACUGUAAAGAAAGUACUUCAAAGUCUGGUAUUUAUUUGUUGUGUUGUGACAUCACCUGGUGGUCUUUUACUAUCAGCUCUCCACUAAUCAGAGAGCGGCCUUUGUUUCCACCUGCCCCCUCUAUUGGCUGUUUUGCCUGAGAGGGAGACUGUCACAUGCUGGAAUCACUACAGUCAUUGGACGGUAUUCAUUUAGUAGCUCCAAUCUGACCUGGCUCCUCUAUGGGGACCUGUUUCCCUAAUGUGUGCAGUCAGACUCAAUUACACAGACUGGUGCUGUGUGUGUGCAUGCGUCGGUUUGUGCAUGCGUCUCUGUGUGUGUAAAGUGUAGAGCAGCACCCACUACCACCACCCUGAGUCAUCUCUGAAUCAUCACUAGACUCCAGUCAGAUCCAGGGGUAAUCCCAGGCCUGAAAGGCUGCAGCGUCUAGCUCUUUUUUUCCCCACGCCUCAGCAUUUGUUUUCAGCCUCCAUUUUGGAUCGAAACACAGUAAAUUGUGCGUUAAUUACGAGGCUAACCAAAUCAGCGGAGGGAGGAUUUGCUGGAGACCGUGUGUACUUUUACUUGGAGAUUAUGUAAUGACUUUUGGUGUUGAGGUACGAGAAAAAACCGCAGAGCCUGUCCCUGUCUCAUUCCGCAGCUAGAGGAGCCUGUCGGUCUUCUAUUAGUUAGACAAUUGGAGAAAUCAGAGGAAGACAUUGAUUCUGCAUCACUAUGUUACUGGUACAUUUAUUACAUGGGUUCACCUGUGUUGUAACUGUAAAUCCUUAAUGGUGACCUUGAGGGAGAGGAUUGAUGAUGAUGAUGACGAUUUUAUUGGGAUUGAAUGAAGGUUGUUUGAUGGUCAGACUAAGAAACCAAUCUGAAUGUGAGCGGCAUGUAUACUGAACAAAAAUAUAAACGCAACAUGCAACAAUUUCAACAAUUUUACUGAGUUACAGUUCAUAUAAGAAAAUCAGUCAAUUGAAAUAAAUUAAUUAGGCCCUAAUCUAUGGAUUUCACAUGACUGGGCAGAGGCGCAGCCAUGGGUGGGCCUGGGAGGGCAUAGGCCCACCCACUGGGGAGCCAGGUCCAGCCAAUCAGAAUGAGUUUUUCCCCACAAAAGGGCUUUAUUACAGACAGAAAUACUCCUCAGCUUCAUCAGCUGUCCUGGUGGCUGGUCUCAGACGAUCCCGCAGGUGAAGAAGCCGGAUGUGGAGGUCCUGCGCUUGCGUGGUUACACGUCGUCAGCGGUUGUGAGGUCGGUUGGACAUACUGCCAAAUUCUCUAAAACGACGUUGGAUGCGGCUUAUGGUAGAGAAAUUAACAUUAAAUUAUCUGGCAACAGCUCUGGUGGACAUUCCUGCAGUCAGCAUGUCAAUUGCACGCUCCCUCAAAACGUUAGAUAUCUGUGGCAUUGUGUUGUGUGACAAAAAGUGGCCUUUUAUUGCCCAGCACAAGGUGCACCUGUGUAAUGAUCAUGCUGUUUAAUCAGCUUCUUUAUACGCCACACCUGUCAGGUGGAUGGAUUAACUUGGCAAAGGAGAAAUGCUCACUAAAAGGGAUGUAAACAAAUUUAUGCACACAAUUUGAGAGAAAUAAGCUUUUUGUGCAAAUGGGACAUUUCUAUGGAUCUUUUAUUUCAGCUCAUGAAACAUGGGAUCAACACUUUACAUGUUGCGUUUAUAGUUUUGUUCAGCGUAGAUACACUAACACUACUAAUACUAACAGUCAAUGCUGUUACUGUAACAGCAGUGACAUGAAUGUAACGAUAAUGAACCAUGUAACAUAAUGAAUCAUGUAACGGUAUUGACCAUUUUAUGAAUGCAAUGGCAAUCUCAGACUAAAGUAUGUAGCGAAUGACAGAGCAACGGAAUAAUUUAGUGUGAGUCGUGAGGCUAGGACAGACAGCAGCCUGCAUGUGAACAGCGUGUAGAUCUAGUGAUCUACUAUUACUAACAGUCAAUGCUUUUACGGUGAUGGUAUUGACAGUGAUGUAACAGUAAUGACUAACAUGAAUGAGCAUAUUAUUUAUACUCAUCCACAAUGGAGAGGUUUGGUUGGAUAUGAUGGUCAGACAGCAGCCUGCAUGUAAACAGCAUGUAGAUGUACUAUUACUAACAGUCAAUGCUGUUACUCUAACAGUAUUGUCUGUGAUGUAACGGUAAUGGACAUUUAGUUUAUGCUCAUUCACAAUGGAAGUUGGUUUGGUUGAAAAUUUGAUUUUAUUUAGAUCUUACACUGCAGAACAGACCGCUAGUUUCUGUCCACUGUGGUCUGUGGUCUUUCUCUUUUACAGUAUCUUUGUUAUUUAUUGAUAGUUGCUGUAUUCUCAAAAUACUUGUUUUAGUGGAGACAGUGGUGCAAGGUACAGUGGUGCUAUCUUUGUCUUUGUCUCUCCCCUCUCUCCCUCGCGCCCCUCUCUCUAGGCUGUCUUCACCAGCUUGUGCUGGCUGUACUAACGAGCAGUGCUUUCCCACUCAUAGGAAAAUGAUGAUGAGACAGCAGAAACGACACAGAGACAAUGCACAGCGGGGAGAGAGAGGAUGAGAAAGAGAGGCACCAUUACUCUUUUGUCCCUGCACUACUACAUAUAUGUGUAUCCCUGGGGUGCACUACAUUUCUGUCUCUCCCUCUGCCUUCCGUUCUCUCCAUUUUAUUCACUUGUUUGUCAUCAUUCACUGUAUUUUCCCCUCUUUGUCCUGUUUAGUUUCUCCCAUAGACCUCCCCCUCUUCCCACUUUUCUCCCUCUCUCUGUUGUUAAAUCUUCCUCCCUUCCCAACCCCUCCUUGCCCCACCACCUCAUGUGUCAUGUGUCACUAAGUGGACUGCUUAUACGCUGAACAAAAAUAUAAAUGCAACAUGUAGGUCCCAUGUUUCAUGAGCUGAAAUAAAAGAUCCCAGAAAUGUUCCAUAUGCACAAAAAGCUUUUUUCCAUAUGCUCAAAUUUUGUGCACAAAUUAGUUUACAUCCCUGUUAGUGAGCAUUUCUCCUUUGCCAAGAUAAUCCAUCUACCUGACAGCUGUGACAUAUCAAGAAGCUGAUUAAAUAGCAUGAUCAUUACACAGGUGCACCUUGUGCUAGGGACAAUAAAAGGCCACUCUAAAAUGUGCAGUUUUGUCACACAACAAAAUGUCUCAAGUUUUGAGGGAGCGUGCAAUUGGCAUGCUGACUGCAGGAAUAUCCACGAGAGCUGUUGCCAGAUAAUUGAAUGUUAAUUUCUCUACCAUAAACCGCCUCCAACGUUGUUUUAGAGAAUUUGUCAGUACUUCCAACCGGCCUCACAACCGCAGACAACGUGUAUGGCGUUGUGUGGGCGAGCGGUUUGCUGAUGUCAACGUUGUGAACAGAGUGCCCCAUGGUGGCGGUGGGGUUAUGGUAUGGACAGGCAUAAGCUACGGACAAUGAACACAAUUGCAUUUUAUCUAUGGAAAUUUGAAUGAACAAAAAUACCGUGACGAGAUCCUGAGGCCCAUUUUGAGACCCUUUUUUUUUUUUUUUGAUAUAUUUGACCAACAGAUGCAUAUCUGUAUUCCCAGUCAUGUGAAAUCCAUAGAUUAGGGCCUAAUGAAUUUAUUUAAUUUUACUGAUUUCCUCAUAUGAACUGUUACUCAGUAAAAUCAAUGACAUUAUUGCCUGUUGCGUUCAUAUUUUUGUUCAGUAUACGUCUGACUCCACACACCUAUAGAGCAUCACCUCGUCCAUCUCCCUCCUCCUCCCUCCUCCUUCUCCUCCUCUGAUUCUGUCUGUGCCUUUAUGACGGAACUGUGAUCUAAAAUUCUGUCAUCAUGUUAAGUGCGCUACUAAAGCCGCAGUGUUCAACACUCACUCACACACACCCACAUGCACACACACACUUGUAAAUGCACACACACUCUCACUCAUUCCUUUCCCCCUACUCUCUCAAUGACUGAAGCUCCUUUCCUGCAUUUCUACCCCAUUUGCAUCCAUGAUUCCCCAUCAUCACAUUCUCCAUCUUUCCUCUUCCUUUCCCUCUUUUACUAUCUCUUACUCUAUUCUCCUCUCUCUCUCCUCCCCCCUCUUUCUCUUUCCCCUGUCUCGUUUUCUUCCCUCCCCCUCUCUCUCCCAUUCUCUCUAAAUAUAGUCCCUUUGAAGCAUGGCUGUGUUGUUUCUUUUUGCAACACUGCGAGACAAAAAUCUGUCAUCCAACAUCUGAGAGAGGAGUGGGGUACGAGCAAGGAGAUAAGAUUGAUGGCAAGGAAAGAACAGUGGUUAAGGGAUAUGAUAUUCAUCUGUCUGCUAGAGAGAGAGAGAGAGAGAGAGAGAGAGAGAGAGAGAGAGAGACCCAUAUUUAGUCUGGGCCUUCAACACAGUGCCAACCUCAGGAAGCUCAAUAGAGUAACGUGGCCUUUUAUGUCUGAGCCAGAGCAACUGCAGCGAUUUAUGCAAACGUACACACACCACACGGUGUUGUGAUCCUCAUUUUGUAAUUGAAUAAUAAUCUCCCUUGAGACCUGACCUAGUAUUGUGUUGUGUGCGCGCAUGCGUGUGAGCGUUCACUCAUGUGUGUUUGCUAAUUUUUUGUGUGUGUGUGAGAUAGAGAGAGAUUGUAAUUGAGAUAAAGGGUGCGAGAGAGUGAGAGAGGAAACCCUAGAGCUGAAUGCAACGCAAUACUGCCGCCUAAUGUUACAUAGUAGUCAAUACAGCUCCAGUUGUUGCAGAUUUCCCCUGCCAUUUAUCCUGACACAGAUUCCUACCCACAGCUAAGGAUACUUCAUAUCUCAUUAAUUGCCCUUUCCAUCCCUUCAGGAUAAGCAUAAGAAGUUUGUAUGAUAAUACUUUGUACAGUUAUGAUAAUGAGUAUACAUAGAAUGAUUAACAGCCAUGUUAUGAGGUAGGAUGUUAAAUCAUGUCACCUCAUUUCCUCACUUAAGGCUAAAGCGACGUCACAUGUCCCAACCCAAGAUUGACCUUCUGUACCUGCUAACACACUGGUACAUUGUGUUCGAUCGCCAUGCGCGCAUGGGACCCCUUCACAUGUCAGUAUAUCCCUCCUCCCUGUGGUAGAGGAGCCACACGUCUCCAAUGGCAUGAUCUCCUUCCGCCUCACUGACGCAGACUAUGUCAUGCUCAUGGGAAUGACAGUAGGCUUGAAGGCUUGGAUAUUAUUUUCUGCAGCAACCCUGGUUGGUUUUGCCACUGGGAAUAGAGUGAGAAAAAUACUAUUUUUAUGCACAGGUAAAGUAGUCCCUUCCUGAUAAGAGUUGUAUAGUAUGCUGUUACUCAUCAAUGUAUUUGUUCUCUCCUCUCUCUCUCUCCUUCUUUUUCUCUUUCUUUAUUUCUUCUUCCUCCCUCUACCUCCACCUUUCUCUCCUUUCUCUCUCUCUCCCUCCCUCCCCCACUCUCUCUCUCCCUCCCUCUCUCUCCGUCCCUUCCUCCAUCUCCCUGUCUCCUCUCCCCUCUCUCCCCUCUCUCUCUCUCUCUCUCUCGACAGUCUACGGAGGGAGGGCUACACGGUGCAGGUGGCGGUGAACGACUACCUGGACAUCUACUGCCCGCACUACAACAGUACCGCCACCAGCCAGCGGGGGACACUGGAGCGCACCGUGGCUGAGCAGUACGUCCUCUACAUGGUCAGCUACCGCGGCUACCGCACCUGCGACCCCCAGAUUGGCUUCAAGCGCUGGGAGUGCAACCGGCCGCAUGCGCCCCACGCGCCCAUCAAGUUCUCUGAGAAGUUCCAGCGCUACAGCGCCUUCUCCCUGGGCUACGAGUUCAACGUGGGCCACGAGUACUACUACAUAUGUGAGCGGAAUAUUUCUAUACUAAGUCUGUAUAGGAGUAUAAUAAUGAUGUAAUGAUGAUUGUACUACUAUAUCUGUAAGUGGUGGAGCUGAGAUACUCGUUGUCUAUAUAGUGUUAUAGUCGAGUAAUGACAAUCGAUUGCAUGGGCUAUCUAUAUAGCGCUUGCCCAAGUGCAUGUACUUUACAUCGUAAGUGGGAAUUAGCUUCAGCCAUUAGCAAUGUGUAGCACUCACCUACAUACCUUAGUAAGUUAGAGUUGGAUUAUUACAGCAUUCAAUUUGUGAGUCAUUAAACUACAUUAGGUAAUUUAACUCUUACACCACACCCCCAAAUAUACUUUGUUCCUUUUGAAUAAAUGUACCACUAUAAAGUAACUGUGUUAAACUGCUGUAAUAAACUAUAAUGACCAUUUCACUUUGGUUGCAUCCCGUAUGGCACCCUAUUCCCUAUGUACUGCACUACUUUUGUCCAGGGCCUAUAGGUCAAAAGUAGUGCAGUAUAUAGUGAAUAUUGUGCCAUAUGGGACAAAGACAUAUUGUGCCAAAAAGCCAAAGCCAUAUUAGUUCAUAGGCUGGCCUCUAGAUGGCACAUGGCUGACAUUCUUCUGUGUUCUGUUGAAGCCACGCCCACCCAUCACCAUGGCCACAGCUGCCUGAGACUGAGAGUCUACGUCUGCUGCUCCACGGGUGGGUCUCUCUCUCUCUCUCUCUCUCUCUCUCUCUCUCUCUCUCUCUCUCUCUCUCUCUCUCUCUCUCUCUCUCUCUCUCUCUCUCUCUCUCUCUCUCGUAUACACUCACACGUACACACACUGGAGACCUGAGGCUACAGCUUCUGACAGUGAUUUACCAGUGUUCUUAUAGUGAGGUUAUAACUAUCUCACUGUGUUCCAGGGUUGUAUGUUAUUCUAUGUUCCAGGUCAUUGAUGUUCAGUGUUAUUCUGGGUCUCAGUGCUCUGAUAGUGUUUGAUAGGAAUGCUCUCUCUUCUAUCCUGAUGUGCUCUCUCCCUCUGAUGCUUUCCCCUUUCUCAGCCGCUCUCCUUUCUCUCAUUCUCUCCCUAUCUUCUCUCUCUCCCCUCUCUCUUCAUCUUCCCUCUCUAUCUUCUCUCUCUCCCCUCUCUCUUCAUCUUCCCUCUCUAUCUCUCUCUAUUUCUCUCUCUCUCCUCUCGCUCUCUCCUCUCUUGCCCUCCUCUCUCUCCUCACCAUCUCCCCCUCUCGCUCCUCUCCCCACCUCUCUGAUAGUUGAUUCUCUCUCUGAUAGUGAUGUUAUGUGUUCUUUUUUACUCCGGUAGCCUCUCUCCCCUGCAGGCCUUUGAUCAAAUCCCUGUGCUGAAAGCUCUCCCUACUUCUCUAACAUUGUCAGCAUUAAUACAUCCCACACUCAGGCCAGUGUCAGCUUCUGUGUACACAUCACCUUAACCCCCUCUCUGAGUGUCAGGGCUAAUCUAUUGAAGUGUCCACUCGGGUUGUGUGCGGGGAGGGGGGUGUUUGUGUGUGUGUGUGUGUGUAUUUUGGGGUAUAAAGUGGAUAUAAAGUGUGUGUGUAUGUGUGUCCGUGCAUUCGUGUGUGAUUUUAUGUGUGUGAUAGUGUUUACUUUACAAACCACAACCUUUAAUCUGCAAGGUCUGCUUAACAGCUUAGCUACCAUCUGAACUCAAUUGUUCUCUGCUAUUCACAUUCCACUGUAUCUCUGCCCUAUCCCUUUGGUUUUGAGAGCAUUAUUCUCUACAAAUACACAUACUUACCAUAUGCCUCAUAUCUAACAUAUUAACACACAGUACAGCAACUCUCUAUCAAUAUGUGAAAUCCUUGUACCAUAUGCUACAUCCUUCUUUGCAGUGCAAUAGAAUAUGGAUAAGCAAUGUGCAUUCUCUUUUAAAAUCUCACUGAGCUGAUGAUAAUGUAAUGCCAAGUCUAGACUAUCAGUGUGUAAUACUUUCCCUCUCAGUGAAUAUGCCUUAAUCAUCUGCUCGAUAGGAGUAAAAAUUUGCUUAACACGUCACAUAAUACGUUUCAUGGACUCACUCUGUGUGCAAUAAUAGUGUUUAACAUGAUUUUUGUAUGACUACCUCAUCUCUGUACUCCACACAUACAAUUAUCUGUAAGGUCCCUCAGUCGAGCAGUGAUUUUCAAACACAGAUUCAACCACAAAGAGCAGGGAGGUUUUCCAAUGCCUUGCAAAGAAGGGCACCUAUUGGUAGAUGGGUAAAGAUAAGACAUUGAAUAUCCCUUUGAGCAUGGUGAAGUUAUUAAUUACACUUGGGAUGGUGUAUCAAUACACCCAGUCACUAAAAAAGAUACAGUGGCUUGUGAAAGUAUUCACCACCCUUGGCAUUUUUCCUAUUUUGUUGCCUUACAACCUAGAAUUAAAAUGGAUUUUGGGGGGAGUUGUAUCAUUUGCACACCUUUUGCAGCAAUUACAGCUGCAAGUCUCUUGGGGUAUGUCUCUAUAAGCUUGGCACAUCUAGCCACUGGGAUUUUUGCCCAUUCUUCAAGGCAAAAUUGCUCCAGCUCCUUCAAGUUGGAUGGGCUCCGCUGGUGUACAGUAAUCUUUAAGUCAUACCACAGAUUCUCAAUUGGAUUGAGGUCUGUGCUUUGACUAGGCCAUUCCAAGACAUGUAAAUGUUUCGCCUUAAACCACUCGAGUGUUGCUUUAGCAGUAUGCUUAGGGUCAUUGUCCUGCUGGAAGGUGAACCUCCGUCCCAGUCUCAAAUCUCUGGAAGACUGAAACAGGUUUCCCUCAAGAAUUGCCCUGAAUUUAGCGGCAUCCAUCAUUCCUUCAAUUCUGACCAGUUUCCCCACAGCAUGAUUUCCCCACAAACAUCUCCACAGCAUGAUGCUGCCACCACCAUGCUUCACUGUGGGGAUGGUGGUCUCGGGGUGAUGAGAGGUGUUGGGUUUGCACCAGACAUAGCGUUUUCCUGGAUGGCCAAAAAGCUAAACUUUAGUCUCAUCUGACCAGAGUACCUUCUUCCAUAUGUUUGGGGAGUCUCCCACAUGCCUUUUGGCGCACACCAAACGUGUUUGCUUAUUUUUUUCUUUAAGCAAUGCCUUUUUUCUGGCCACUCUUCCGUAAAGCCCAGCUCUGUGGAGUGUACGGCUUAAAGUGGUCCUAUGGACAGAUACUCCAAUCUCUGCUGUGGAGCUUUGCAGCUCCUUCAGGGUUAUCUUUGGUAUCUUUGUUGUGAGUUUUGGUGGGCGGCCCUCUCUUGUCAGGUUUGUUGUGGUGCCAUAUUCUUUCCAUGUUUUAAUAAUGGAUUUAAUGGUGCUCCGCGGGAUGUUCAAAGUUUUGGAUAUUUUUUUAUAACCCAACCGUGAUCUGUACUUCUCCACAACUUUGUCCCUGACCUGUUUGGAGAGCUUCUUGAUAUUAAUGGUGCCGCUUGCUUGGUGGUGCCCCUUGCCUAGUGGUGUUACAGACUCUGGGGCCUUUCAGAACAGGUGUAUAUAUACUGAGAUCAUGUGACAGAUCAUGUGACACUUAGAUUGCACACAGGUGGACUUUAUUUAACUAAUUAUGUGACUUCUGAAGGUAAUUGGUUGCACCAGAUCUUAUUUAGGGGCUUCAUAGCAAAGGGGGUGAAUACAUAUGCACGCACCACUUUUCCGUUAUUAAUUUAUUAGAUUGUUUUGAAACAAGUUAUUUUUUUCAUUUCACUUCACCAAUUUGGACUAUUUUGUGUAUGUCCAUUACAUGAAAUCCAAAUAAAAAUCAAUUUAAAUUACAGGUUGUAAUGCAACAAAAUAGGGAAAACGCCAAGGGGGAUGAAUACUUUUGCAAGGCACUGUACAGGCGUCCUUCCUAACUCAGUUACCGGAGAGGAAGGAAACCGCUCAGGGAUUUCACCAUGAGCCAAUAGUGACUUUCAAAUAGUUACAAAGUUUAAUGGCUGUGAUAGGAGAAAACUGAGGAUGGAUCAAAAGCAUUGUAGUUACUCCAAUAUACUAACCUAAUUGACAGAGUGAAAAGAAGGAAGCCUGUACAGAAUAAAAAUAUUCCAAAACAUGCAUCCUGUUUGCAACAAGGUACUAAAGUAAUACUGCAAAGCAAUUCACUUUUUGUCCUGAAUACAAAGUGUUGUGUUUGGGGCAAAUCCAAUACAACACAUUACUGAGUACCACUCUCCAUAUUUUCAAUAAUAGCGGUGGCUGCAUCACAUUAUGGGUACGCUUGUAAUCGUUAAGGACUGAGGAGUUUUUCAGGAUAAAAAAGAAAUGGAAUUGAGCUAACCACAGGCAAAAUCCUAGAGAACACUUGGUGAUUAAUUCACCUUUCAGCAGGACACUAACCUAAAACACAAGGCCAAAUCUACACUGGAGUUGCAUACCAAGAAGACAGUGAAUGUUCCUGAGUGGACGAGUUAAAGUUUUGACUUAAAUCUGCUUGGAAAUCUAUGGCAAGACCUGAAAAUAGUUGUCUAGUAAUGAUCAACAACUAAUUUGACAGGGCUUGAAGAAUUUUGAAAAGAAUAAUGGGCAAAUGUUGCACAAUCCAGGUGUGGAAAGCUCUUAGAGACUUACCCAAAAAGACUCACAGCUGUAAUCGCUGCCAAAGGUGAUUCUAACAUGUAUUGACUCAGGGGGUUGAAUACUUAUCUAAUCAAGAUAUAUUAGUAUUUUAUUUUUCAUGACUUCUUUUUACAAAUGUUAGAAUUAUUCUUCCACUUUGAGAUUACAGAGUAUUUUGUGUAAAUUGUUGACAAAAAAUGACAAUUAAAUCCAUUUGAAUCCCACUUUGUAACACAAUAAAGGGGGUGUGAAUACUUUCUGAAGGCACUGUAAGUAGUGCACUAUAUAGGGAAUAGGGUGCCAUUUGAGGCGCGACCUGCUCUCUGGUCAAAAGUAGUGCACUAUAUAGAGAAGUGACUGCCCAGUUAGUGUGUAAAAUAAGUAGUGUGGGCAUUUUAAUGACUUUGCAUAUUUGUGUUCCUCUCUCUCCAAGUCUCCCACGGUGAUGAUUCCAGUCAGACACCACCUGACUACACAGUCAGGCCCAAUAUCAAAAUACACAACAUUGGUGAGUGCUCUCUAUUCUAUCCUGAUGUGCUCUCUCUGAUGCGUUCCCCCACUCUUUCUGCCCCUCUCUCUCUCUCUUUCUGCCCCCCUCUCUCUCUCUCUCUCUCUCUCUCUCUCUCUCUCUCUCUCUCUCUCUCUCUCAGUAAUGGCAUAAUAUUAUUUAUAUGGGUUCUGAAUACCACCUUGCUUACACUCACACACAGACACACACAUUAUCUUUCUCUUUCUUUCUCUCUGUCACAAACACAUACAACCACACACACACACAAAGUUGUUCAAUGGUGGCCGGAUGGCUCAUGACCGAGCUUAUGGAGAAAAAUAAAUAAAGUAAAUGCACAUAGUCCAAACAACCCAGAAUGCCUUGGGGCCUCCUAAUGCAUCCUUCUGUACUUAAUGCAUUAGUGGCAUCAACAAAAAGAGGACACAAUAAAAGUUAUAACCCAUAAACACUUGUGUAACCCUGAUGGCCUCGCUGGCCACAUUGACCGCCCACACUCUCACCCUCUGGGCCUGUCUUGGCCUUGGAUUAGCUUUACCUCGCCCUCUCUCUCUCCUGAUCGGUGUUUUUACUACCUCUUCUGUUAUAUUUAUGUUUCCUAUUGGAUGUUUCCCCCAUUCACCUGUAUGUGAGUCAAAGAACACCCUAGAGCAGUGCUCCAGUUUACAGUAUCCCUAAGAACACCUACUGUACCAGCUCCAUGUAUACCUCAUUGAUAGAUGACCCCUGUGCCAAUGCUCAUGUACUGUAUGUUGUACUCAACUGACAGUAAAGGGACUUGGCUUUUCAAUAAACACUAUGAGGGAGAAAUGGUUUGAGUUGUAUACAAUAUCUGACAUUACCAAUGUCUCUCCAAGGCCUGAUUCCCAGUUUAGCUAACACUACCUCUCAGAUUACAACCUCUCACUUUUGGUUAUUUGAAAAUGAAAUAAUCUCCAAAAUAUCGCUAUUUUUAAAACAAGCUAUAGAAAGCUGGUUGCAAUUUCAGUUUAAGCCACCAGAACAUACAAAUUGAUUAAAAAAAUAAAUAUUUUUGGAAAACAUUUUUGGAAAAAUAGGACUGGGGGAGUUGCACAUUUUUGCAGUUAACAAAAAUAAAUGGAAACGUCUGCUCUAUCCAAAAUUACAACCAUCAAUCAAUCAAUCAAUUUUAUUUUAUAUAGCCCUUCUUACAUCAGCUAAUAUCUCGAAGUGCUGUACAGAAACCCAGCCUAAAACCCCAAACAGCUAGUAAUGCAGGUGUAGAAGCACGGUGGCUAGGAAAAACAACCAACUGAUUGCAGCAUUACAGCAAUGGAAGGGGGAGGAGAUAAGAAACUGUUGGCCCUGCAUUAAAGACCAAAAUUGGUUAAAGAAAAUGGUGAUAAAUAAAAAAGUAUACCAGUUUAAUUUAAGGAACAAAAAAUUGACAGCUGCACCAUACAGGUUGCAAAAUAGUUGGGAAGAGAUUUUCGAUUGACUGAUUCCAUGGCACAUUGCUUAUGAUCUGAUGCACACAACGACGCCUGAUUCAAAACUUUGUUUUUCAAUUUAAAUUAUUAUACAAAAUUCUUGCAACCAAUACAAUGAUAUACAGUGGGGAAAAAAAGUAUUUAGUCAGCCACCAAUUGUGCAAGUUCUCCCACUUAAAAAUAUGAGAGAGGCCUGUAAUUUUCAUCAUAGGUACACGUCAACUAUGACAGACAAAAUGAGAAUAAAAAAUCCAUAAAAUCACAUUGUAGGAUUUUUAAUGAAUUUAUUUGCAAAUUAUGGUGGAAAAUAAGUAUUUUGUCAAUAAAAAACGUUUCUCAAUACUUUGUUAUAUACCCUUUGUUGGCAAUGACACAGGUCAAAUGUUUUCUGUAAGUCUUCACAAGGUUUUCACACACUGUUGCUGGUAUUCUGGCCCAUUCCUCCAUGCAGAUCUCCUCUAGAGCAGUGAUGUUUUGGGGCUGUCGCUGGGCAACACGGACUUUCAACUCCCUCCAAAGAUUUUCUAUGGGGUUGAGAUCUGGAGACUGGCUAGGCCACUCCAGGACCUUAAAAUGCUUCUUACGAAGCCACUCCUUCGUUUCCCGGGCGGUGUGUUUGGGAUCAUUGUCAUGCUGAAAGACCCAGCCACGUUUCAUCUUCAUCAUAGGUACACAUCAACUAUGACAGACAAAAUGAGAAAAAUGAGAAAAAAAAAUCCAGAAAAUCACAUUGUAGGAUUUUUAAUGAAUUUAUUUGCAAAUUAUGGUGGAAAAUAAGUAUUACUACUUUGUUAUAUACCCUUUGUUGGCAAUGACACAGGUCAAACGUUUUCUGUAAGUCUUCACAAGGUUUUCACACACUGUUGCUGGUAUUUUGGCCCAUUCCUCCAUGCAGAUCUCCUCUGUUUUGGGGCUGUCGCUGGGCAACACGGACUUUCAACUCCCUCCAAAGAUUUUCUAUGGGGUUGAGAUCUGGAGAAUGGCUAGGCCACUCCAGGACCUUGAAAUGCUUCUUACGAAGCCACUCCUUCGUUGCCCGGGCGGUGUGUUUGGGAUCAUUGUCAUGCUGAAUGACCCAGCCACGUUUCAUCUUCAAUGCCCUUGCUGAUGGAAGGAGGUUUUCACUCAAAAUCUCACGAUACAUGGCCCCAUUCAUUCUUUCCUUUACACGGAUCAGUCGUCCUGGUCCCUUUGCAGAAAAACAGCCCCAAAGCAUGAUGUUUCCACCCCCAUGCUUCACAGUAGGUAUGGUGUUCUUUGGAUGCAACUCAGCAUUCUUUGUCCUCCAAACACGACGAGUUGAGUUUUUACCAAAAAGUUCUAUUUUGGUUUCAUCUGACCAUAUGACAUUCUCCCAAUCCUCUUCUGGAUCAUCCAAAUGCACUCUAACAAACUUCAGAUGGGCCUGGACAUGUACUGGCUUAAGCAGGGGGACACGUCUGGCACUGCAGGAUUUGAGUCCCUGGCGGAGUAGUGUGUUACUGAUGGUAGGCUUUGUUACUUUGGUCCCAGCUCUCUGCAGGUCAUUCACUAGGUCCCCCCGUGUGGUUCUGGGAUUUUUGCUCACCGUUCUUCUGAUCAUUUUGACCCCAUGGGGUGAGAUCUUGCGUGGAGCCCCAGAUCAAGGGAGAUUAUCAGUGGUCUUGUAUGUCUUCCAUUUCCUAAUAAUUGCUCCCACAGUUGAUUUCUUCAAACCAAGCUGCUUACCUAUUGCAGAUACAGUCUUCCCAGCCUGGUGCAGGUCUACAAUUUUGUUUCUGGUGUCCUUUGACAGCUCUUUGGUCUUGGCCAUAGUGGAGUUUGGAGUGUGACUGUUUGAGGUCGUGGACAGGUGUCUUUUAUACUGAUAACAAGUUCAAACAGGUGCCAUUAAUUAACAGGUAAUGAGUGGAGGACAGAGGAGCCUCUUAAAGAAGAAGUUACAGGUCUGUGAGAGCCAGAAAUCUUGCUUGUUUGUAGGUGACCAAAUACUUAUUUUCCACCAUAAUUUGCAAAUAAAUUCAUUAAAAAUCCUACAAUGUGAUUUUCUGGAAAAUAAAUUCUCAAUUUGUCUGUCAUAGUUGACGUGUACCUAUGAUGAAAAUUACAGGCCUCUCUCAUCUUUUUAAAUGGGAGAACUUGCACAAUUGGUGGCUGACUAUCUAUAUAUAUAUAUAUAUAUUAGGGCUGUCAAAUGAUUAAAAUUUUUAAUCAAAUUAAUCAGAAUUUUCAGUGGAUUAAUCAUGAUUAAUCACUAUUUGCAAUUACACCUGAAUCCUAACCAUUUUUUUUCUGAAAUGCAUACCAAAAGAUAAAUAACAGGACACAGAUACAUAAUUUUCAUAUUAUGUCUGUUUAUUAACACAGCCAAAUAAUGGUGUUUUAAAUCAAGCUGAAACAUACUACACACCAUAAUAUUUGUCUUUGGCUGUGGCUCUUGACGGUGGCUUAUAGAAUGAGUCUUGAGACGCCACUUGCAAAACAUCAAGGAAACCUGAGUCUUCUACAAUGCUAAUGGGUCUACAAUCCUUUGCAAUCCAUUUUGCUAUUGUGUUGGUCAAAUUAUCUGAGGUUGAUUUUGUUAAUUGCCUGCAAACAUUCAGCGUGGUCUGGCGCAAACCACUUGCUGAAUCUGACGGCCCAGCAAACGCAUGUUUGGCGUUGACAUGGUACUUCAAGCUUGAACAGCUCCGGUGAAAUUGAAACUCCUUCUUACAAAUCUUGCAAAUAACCUUGUACUUGUUAACUGUACCAUCAUCAUUCUUUUUAUAUUUGAAUCCGUCAAUAGGCCCACUUUGCUCACCUUGCUCCAUCUCGCCUCUAGCUCCCAACCACUUUCCUGACCUGAAUAAUUUGUCACACUGCGCAUGCGUGAAAUGCGUUAAAAAAAUUGACGUAAUUAACAGCAAACAACUAAUUAACGUCGUUAACGCGCUAUUUUUGACAGCCCUAAUAUAUAUAUAUAUAUACAUACAGUGGGGAAAAAAUGUAUUUAGUCAGCCACCAAUUGUGCAAGUUCUCCCACUUAAAAAGAUGAUGGACCUCCUUCCAUCAGCAAGGGCAUUGAAGAUGAAACGUGGCUGGGUCUUUCAGCAUGACAAUGAUCCCAAACACACCGCCCGGGCAACGAAGGAGUGGCUUCGUAAGAAGCAUUUCAAGGUCCUGGAGUGGCCUAGCCAGUCUCCAGAUCUCAACCCCAUAGAAAAUCUUUGGAGGGAGUUGAAAGUCCGUGUUGCCCAGCGACAGCCCCAAAACAUCACUGCUCUAGAGGAGAUCUGCAUGGAGGAAUGGGCCAAAAUACCAGCAACAGUGUGUGAAAACCUUGUGAAGACUUACAGAAAACGUUUGACCUGUGUCAUUGCCAACAAAGGGAAUAUAACAAAGUAUUGAGAAACUUUUUUUAUUGACCAAAUACUUAUUUUCCACCAUAAUUUGCAAAUAAAUUCAUUAAAAAUUCUACAAUGUGAUUUUCUGGAGGAAAAAAAAAUCUCAUUUUGUCUGUCAUAGUUGACGUGUACCUAUGAUGAAAAUUACAGGCCUCUCUCAUCUUUUUAAAUGGGAGAACUUGCACAAUUGGUGGCUGACUAAAUACUUUUUUCCCCCACUGUAUAUAGUAUGUCACAAAAGUGAGUACACCCCUCACAUUUUUGUAAAUAUUUCAGCAUAUCUUUUCAUGUGACAACACUGAAGAAAUGACACUUUGCUACAAUGUAAAGUAGUGAGUGUACAGCUUGUAUAACAGUGUAAAUUUGCUGUCCCCUCAAAAUAACUAAACACACAGCCAUUAAUGUCUAAACCGCUGGCAACAAAAGUGAGUACACCCCUUAGUGAAAAUGUCAAAAUUGGGCCCAAAGUGUCAAUAUUUUGUGUGGCCACCAUCAUUUUCCAGCGCUGCCUUAACCCUCUUGGGCAUGGAGUUCACCAGAGCUUCACAGGUUGCCACUGGAGUCCUCUUCCACUCCUCCAUGACGACAUCACGGAGCUGGUGGAUGUUAGAGACCUUGCACUCCACCUUCCGUUUGAGGAUGCCCCACAGAUGUUCAAUAGGGUUUAGGUCUGGAGACAUGCUUGGCCAGUCCAUCACCUUUACCCUCAGCUUCUUUAGCAAGGCAGUGGUCGUCUUGGAAGUGUGUUUGGGGUCGUUAUCAUGUUGGAAUAUUGCCCUGUGGCCCAGUCUCCGAAGGGAGGGGAUCAUGCUCUGCUUCAGUAUGUCACAGUACAUGUUGGCAUUCAUGGUUCCCUCAAUGAACUGUAGCUCCCCAGUGCCGGCAGCACUCAUGCAGCCCCAGACCAUGACACUCCACCACCAUGCUUGACUGUAGGCAAGACACACUUUUGUCUUUGUACUCCUCACCUGGUUGCCACCACACACGCUUGACACCAUCUGAACCAAAUAAGUUUAUCUUGGUCUCAUCAGACCACAGGACAUGGUUCCAGUAAUCCAUGUCCUUAGUCUGCUUGUCUUCAGCAAACUGUUUGCGGGCUUUCUUGUGCAUCAUCUUUAGAAGAGGCUUCCUUCUGGGACGACAGCCAUGCAGACCAAUUUGAUGCAGUGUGCGGCGUAUGGUCUGAGCACUGACAGGCUGACCCCACACCCCUUCAACCUCUGCAGCAAUGCUGGCAGCAUACGUCUAUUUCCCAAAGACAACCUCUGGAUAUGACGCUGAGCACGUGCACUCAACUUCUUUGGUCGACCAUGGCGAGGCCUGUUCUGAGUGGAACCUGUCCUGUUAAACCGCUGUAUGGUCUUGGCCACCGUGCUGCAGCUCAGUUUCAGGGUCUUGGCAAUCUUGUUAUAGCCCAGGCCAUCUUUAUGUAGAGCAACAAUUCUUUUUUUCAGAUCCUCAGAGAGUUCUUUGCCAUGAGGUGCCAUGUUGAACUUCCAGUGACCAGUAUGAGGGAGUGUGAGAGCGAUGACUCCAAAUUUAACACACCUGCUCCCCAUUCACACCUGAGACCUUGUAACACUAACGAGUCACAUGACACCGGGGAGGGAAAAUGGCUAAUUGGGCCCAAUUUGGACAUUUUCACUUAGGGGUGUACUCACUUUUGUUGCCAGCGGUUUAGACAUUAAUGGCUGUGUGUUGAGUUAUUUUGAGGGGACAGCAAAUUUACACUGUUAUACAAGCUGUACACUCACUACUUUACAUUGUACCAAAGUGUCAUUUCUUCAGUGUUGUCACAUGAAAAGAUAUACUCAAAUAUUUACAAAAAUGUGAGGGGUUUACUCACUUUUGUGAGAUAUAUAUGUAUACAGUGCAUUUGGAAAGUAUUCAGACCCUGUAACGUAUAUGCUGGGAGUCAGGAAGCAGGUGCAGAAGGUAAGUUAAAUGAUAAGAAAAGGUAGAGAAACAAAACAGGAGAAGCGUACUGAACAUGAACAAAACCAAUACUGCCUGAUGACUGAGGCUACUGAGGGCUAAUAAGAGGAGAGUAAUCAAGGUGAUGAUGAGGUCUAGGUGUGCGUAACAAUGGGGAGCAGGUGUGCAUAAUGAUGAUUGCCAGGACCUGUGGUUAGUAGACCAGCGAUUUGAGCGCCAGAGCGGGGGAGCUGGAGUAGGCGUGACAGCCGCAGGAUGACGCCGGCCAGGGGGACGGCCCCAAGGGUGAGGAGCGGGCCAGUCCAGAUGGCGGAGAUGGAAAUCCCGGACGAUGUUGGGGUCCAGGAUAUAGGCCGCCGGGACCCAACUGCGCUCCUCUGGGCCGUACCCCUACCAGUCCACCAGGUACUGGUGUCGGGAGUCCAGGAGGGACCUGACGGCAUAGGUAGGGGUCUCAUAGAUGUCCAGGGGAGGCGGAGGGGUGUCGCAGGGGACGGCACCAGCCAGGGGACCAGGAACUACCGGCCUGAGAAGGAAAACAUGAAAAGAGAGUGAGAUCCGGUAGUUGAUGGGGAGUUGUAAUUGAUAUGUUACCUCAUUGACCCUCCGGAGGACCUUGAAGGGCUCCACAAACCGGGGCCUCAGCUCCCGGCAGGGCAGGCAGAGCGGGAGGUUCCUAGUGGAGAGCCCGACGCAAUCACCAGGAUGGAACACGGGAGCCUCACGUGGGCAGCGUUCCAAACCUCCUCUGCGCGCCUGAACCACUUGUCCACCACAGGGGCUUCGGUCUGGCUCGGGGUCCAUGGGGCCAGGGCCGGCUGAUAUCCCAGGACACACUGGAAGGGAGUCAGCCCGGUGGAGGAGUGACGAAGUGAGUUCUGGGCGUACUCCACCCAGGGAAGGAACCGGGCCCAUUCCCCCUGCCGGUCCUGGAAGUGACUCCUAAGGAACCUCCCCAGAUCCUGGUUGGUCCUCUCCACCUGCCCGUUGGACUGAGGCUGUUACUCGGAUGUGAGGCUGGCUGUGGCCCCCAGCUUCUCCAUGAAGUCUCUCCAUAUACCCGCAAUGUGAAUUGGGGGCCACGGUCAAAGACGCUGUCCCCCGGAAGGCCAUAGCGCUGGAAGUCCUGCUGGAACAGUGCUUCAGCGACCUGGAGAGCGGUAGGGAGAACAGAGAGAGGGAUAAAAUGCCAGGAUUUUGAGAAUCUGUCCACAACAACCAUAACAGUGCUGAAACCAUCAGACGGGGUAACAAAAUCUAUGGACGGUUGGGACCAAGGCCGCUGAGGCACGGGAAGGGGAAGGAGUUUACAUUACAUUUACAUUUUAGUCAUUUAGCAGACGCUCUUAUCCAGAGCGACUUACAGUUAGUGAGUGCAUACAUGUAUAUAUAUAUAUAUUUUUUUUUUUCAUAACCCAUCUUGAUUCUUGACAGUCUCAGGCAGAAAUCAGUCCCAGUUUCCCUGCUGGAGCGUGCUGGGAAGAUUUGGUUUGGGCACAUAAGGAGCAGGAGUUGACGUAGCGGGCAAUGUCCUGCGCCAAGGUGGGCCACCAGUACUUUGUGGAGAUGGAUUGAAUGGUGCGGGGGAUACCUGGGUGUCCAGCGGCAAGGGAUGUGUGCGCCCAGGUCAACAGCCGAUCCCUUACCUCCGUGGGGACGUAGGUGCGCUCCAGAGGGCAGGUAGCAUGCACGGGUUCCCUCUCCAGAGCUUGACGGAUGUCCACAUCUACGUCCCAAAGCAUGGGGGCAACGAUUCAGGAGGGCGGACUGAUGGGCGCACUCAGGACAGGAACCUCUCCCGAAUCGUGGAGACGGGACAGGGCAUCAGCUUUAAUGUUCUUUGAACCUGGGCGAUAUGACAGGGUGAAGUUGAAUCUAGUGAAGAAAUGGGCCCACCUUGCUUGGCGAGGUUCAGCCGCCUCGCUGUCCGUAUGUACUUCAGGUUCCGAUGGUUGGUGAGGAUGAGGUCCUUCGUGCCCUCCAGCCAGUGUCUCCACUCCUCUAAUGCCAACUUCACCGCCAGGAGCUCCCGGUCGCCGACGUCAUAGUUCCUCUCUGCAGGAAACAGUUUCUGAGAGUAGUAUGCACAUGGAUACACUUUCUGUGGGUUACCAUGGCGUUGGGACAGGACGGCCUCCACACCCACUUCUUAGGCGUCCACCUACACAACGAAGGGCAGCUUAGGAUCUGGGUGUUUUCAGCAACAGGGCGGAGGUGAAACGCCCCUUCAGUAGGCGGAAGGCCUCAUCGGCUGCAGGACUCCACACCAACUUACGGGGACCACCCUUGAGGAGAGAGGUGAGAGGAGAGGCGAUGGAGCUGAAGUUAAUGAAGUGGCGGUAGAAGUUGGCAAACCCCAAAAACCGUUAUAGUCCCUUUACGGUGGUUGGGACUGGCCAUGACCUGACUGCCUCGACCUUCCUCUCAUCCAUCACCACUCCGUGUGGGCUGAUACGGUAUCCCAAGAAGGAGACCUGAUGGAACUGGCACUUCUCUGCUUUAACAUACAGGUGGUUCUCCAGGAGGCGUCCCAGGACUACCCCGGAUGUGGGCGAUGUGAUCCUCCAAGGUGGCCGAGUAGACCAGGAUGUCAUCGAUAUACACGACCACCUGGCGCCCGAGCAUGUCCCGGAACACCUCGUUCACGAAUGCCUGGAACUCCGACGGAAUAUUGGCUAAUCUAUAAGGCAUCACCAAGUACACCAAGCCCAGACAUCGUGCUGAAGGCAGUUUUCCAUUCAUCCCCCUCCCGGAUGCGGAUCAGAUUGUAGGCACUCCACAGGUCCAGUAUAGUAAAAGAAACAGGCCCCGCGGAGCUGUUCGAUGACAGCUGGCACCAACGAAAGAGGGUAGCGGUACUUGGUGGUGAUUGAAUUGAGACCUCUGUAAUCGAUGCACGGACGUAGACACCCGUCCUUCUUGGCCACAAAGGAGAAGCCUGCCGACGCAGGGGAGAUACCCUAUUGAAGAGCCUCCUGGAUGUACUUCUCCAUGGCCUCGGUUUCAGCCACCGACAGAGGGUAGACGCGGCUGCACGGAGGCGCAGAGUCUGCAAGCAGGUCGACGGCACAGUCUCAGGGGCAAUGAGGAGGGAGACAGGUGGCGCGGGUCUUGGAGAAAACCUCCCGGAGAUCCUGGUAAACCUCCGGGAUGUCGGGCUGGAGGGCAACCACAGGACUCUCAACCGACGUGAAACCACAGGGUAAGGAAAAGCAGGUCUUCCGACAUCCGGGUGCCCAGGAGGUGAUUUUCAUCCUCGACCAGCAGAUGGUGGGGUCAUGACGUUGGGGCCACGGGAGGCCGAGGAUGACUUUGUGCACGGGUGCGUUGAUGAUGAGGAAGGGAAGGCUUUCUUUGUGCAGGGGUCCCACGGUGAGGGUGAGUGGUGCUGUUAUGUGUGCGAUUGUGCCGGAUCCCAAUGGUUAAUUAUUCAAGGCUUGGACCGGAAAAGGAGAGGAGAAUGGGUACGAGGUGAUGUUCAGGGAGGAGGCGAGGGCCUGGUCGAUGAAAUUCCAAACGGCACAGGAGUCCACUAGAGCUGUAGAGACAACACAUGAGGAACAGCCAGCCAGUGAAAUGGAAACCAGGAAGAGUUUGGCGGAAAGCGAUGAUGAUGGAAUACUCACGCCUACCCCGGGAGACGGAUGAUCACGGGGCCGCCCCUCUGUCCCUGUGGACCCCGGAUUGGGACGCACCGGACACGGCUGAAGCUGGUGCCCCCCCUGGCUGCAAUAAGAACAUAGCCCCAGCUGUCUCCGGAGACGCCGCUCUGCCACAGAGAGGUGUGUGGCCCCUACCUCCAUGGGUUCAGGCUCUGCCUUAGGACAGCCAAAGGAGGAGGGCGAGUGGGGUGCCGGUGCUCCCGAAGAAGGUUGUCCAGACGGAUGGCCAUCGCAAUGAGCAUGUUCAAGGAAAGGUUGUCGUCCCGACACGCCAACUCCAUCUGGACCUCCUCGCGCAGUCCUCUUCGGAAUAGGGUUCAGAGCGCCAAUUGAGGGCGUACUCAGCAAUGGUCUGGGAACCCUGCCGGAGUUGGAAUAGUCGCUCUCCUCCCUCGCUGCCCUCUGGUGGAUGGUCAAAGACCGCCCUGAACAGAGCCAUGAACCUCUCGUAGGAACCCAGCGCCUCCUCUCCUCUCUCCCAGAUGGCCGUAGCCCACUCCAACGACCGUCCGGUGAGCAGGGAAAUGACUGUGGCAACCUUGGACCUCUCGGUGGUGGGAGAAAUAGAGGGAGCACUGGAGUAAGAAGCCACGGCAUUGGGAUGGAGUCCCAUCAUACUUGUCUAGGACAGUCGGGCAUCGCUAACCUGGGUGGACUGCUGGGUAGGCUGGGGGGCUGGCUUGCUGGGAUGACUCGUGAAAGGAGGCCAACCGUUAGUUGGAGCUGAAUCCUCUCGGCUGGUGUCGAGGCAGUGGAGGACGCGGAGGACCCCUUGCACAGGGUUGGUGGAGUAGGUGUCCCUGUUCGUCGACCGUCUAGGAGAUGCCUUCCUCUUCUGCUGCUUCCAUAAUAUGUGAGGCAGUAUUCUGUAAGGUAUACACUGGGAGUCAGGAAGCAGGUGCAGAAGGUAAGUUUAAUGAUAAGAAAAGGCAGAUAAACAAAACAGUAGCGUACUGAACGUGAACAAAACCAAUACUGCCUGAUUGACUGAGACUACGGAGGGCAAAAUAAAGGGAGAGUAAUCAAGGGGAUGAUGAGGUCCAGGUGUGCGUAAUGAUGGGGAGCAGGUGUGCGUAAUGAUGAUUGCCAGGACUGGUGGUUAAUACACCGGCGACGUCGAGCACAGGAGUGGGAGUAGGCAUGACAUACCCCUUGACUUUUUCCACAUUUUGUUACGUUACAGCUUUAUUCUAAAAUUGAUAGUCGUUUUUUCCCCUCAUCAAUCUACACACAAUACCCCAUAAUGACAAAGCAAAAACAAGUAUUUAGAAAUGUUUGCACAUGAUUACAAAUAAUAAACAGAUAUAUCACAUUUACAUAAUUAUUCAGACCCUUUACUCAGUACUUUGUUGAACCACCUUUGACAGCGAUUACAGCCUCGAGUCUUCUUGGGAGUUUCGCCCAUUCUUCUCUGCAGAUCCUCUCAAGCUAUGUCAGGUUGGAUGGGGAGCGUCGCUGCACAGCUAUUUUCAGGUCUUUCCAGAGAUGUUCGAUCGAGUUCAAGUCUGGGCUCUGGCUGGGCCACUCAAGGACAUUCAGAGACUUGUACCUAGGCCACUCCUGCGUUGUCUUGGAUGUGUGCUUAGGGUCAUUGUCCUGUUGGAAGGUGAACCUUCGCCCCAGUCUGAGGUACUGAGGGCUCUGGAGCAGGUUUUUAUCAAGGAUCUCUCCAAGCGGGCUGUCAUGUGUCUUUUACUGAGGAGUGGCUUCCGUCUGGCCACUCUACCAUAAAGGCGUGAUUAGUGGAGUGCUGCAGAGAUGGUUGUCCUUCUGGAAGGUUCUCCCAUCUCCACAGAGUGACCAUCGGGUUCUUGGUCACCUCCCUGACCAAGGCCCUUCUCCCCUGAUUGCUCAGUUUGGCCGGGCGGCCAGCUCUAGGAAGAGUCUUGGUGGUUCCAAACUUCUUCCAUUUAAGAAUGAUGGAGGCCACUGUGUUCUUGGGGACCUUCAAUGCUGCAGAAAUGUUCUGGUACCCUUCCCCAGAUCUGUGCCUCGACACAAUCCUGUCUCAGAGCUCUACGGACAAUUCCUUCGACCUCAUGGCUUGUUUUUUGCUCUAACAUGCACUGUCAACUGUUGGACCUUAUAUAGACAGGUGUGUGCCUUUCCAAAUCAUGUCCAAUCAAUUGUAGAAACAUUUCAAAGAUGAUCAAUGGAAACAGGAUGCACCUGAGCUCAAUUUUGAGUCUCAUAGCAAAGGGUCUGAAUACUUAUGUAAAUUAGGUAUUUCUGUUUUUUAUUUUUAAUACAUUUGCUAACAUUUCUAAAAACCAGUUUUUGCUUUGUCAUUAUGGGGUAUUGUGUGUAGAUUGAUGAGGGAAAAAAUAAUGUUAUCAAUUUUAGAAUAAGGCUGUAACAUAACAAAAUGUGGAAAAAGUCAAGGGGUCUGAAUACUCUCCGAAUGCACUGUAUAUGGGGGAUACAAUCAUUCCAGCUCUGCAGAGUUUGCUGUGAAGAGAUUAGAUCACUUGUUUUGGUACUGCCCUUAUGUAGCUUGUUUUUGGUCGCAGAUUCAGGAAUGGCUGAAGAAUUGCAACAUUUACCUGGAGCUAACUCUGCAAAUAGCACUGCUGGGUGAUUUGAAAAGUCAUAGUCAAUUGAUCAAUAAUAUAAGAAUACUCUUAGCAAAAAUGUUUCUUUAAUUUACAAUCUGUAGAAACUAUGAGAAUAGGAAGGUUCAGAACGUUUGUGAAACAUCACAGCACAGUGGAAAAAUAUAUUGGUCAAAUCAAAACUGGAUGGUCUUCAGAGAUAUAUGGGAGACUGUUGGAAAAGCAUUCCAGGUGAAGCUGGUUGAGAGAAUGCCAAGAGUGUGCAAACCUGUCAUCAAGGCAAAGGGUGGCUAUUUGAAGAAUCUCAAAUAUAAAAUAUAUUUGGUUUGUUUAACACUUUUUUGGUUACUACAUGAUUCCAUGUGUUAUUUCAUAGUUUUGAUGUCUUCAUUAUUAUUCUACAAUGUAAAAGAUAAAGAAAAACCCUUGAAUGAGUAGGUGUGUCCAAACUUUUGACUGGUAGUGUAUAUACACUGAACAAAAAUAUAAACGCAACAUAUAAAGUGUUGGUCCCAUGUUUCAUGAGCUGAAAUAAAUGAUCCCAGACAUUUUCCAUACGGACAAAAAACUAAUUUCUCUCAAAUGUUCUGCACAAAUUUGUUUACAUCCCUGUUAGUGAGAAUUUCUCCUUUGCCAAGAUAACCCAUCCACCUAACUGGUGUGGCAAAUCAAGAAGCUGAUUCAACAGCAUGAUCAUUACACAGGUGCAUCUUGUGCUGAGGACAAUAAAAGGCCACUCUAAAAUGUGCAGUUUUGUCACACAACACAAUGCCACAGAUGUCUCAAGUUUUGAGGGAGCGUGCAAUUGGCAUGCUGACUGCAGGAAUGUCCACCAGAGCUCUUGCCAGUUGAAUGUUCAUUUUUCUACCAUAAGCCGCCUCCAACGUUGUUUGGAGAAUUUGGCAGUACGUCCAACCGGCUUCAGAACCGCGUCGUGUGGGCGAGCAGUUUGCUUACGUCAAUGUUGUGAACAGAGUGCCCCAUGGUGGCGGUGGGGUUAUGGUAUGGUCAGGCAUAAGCUACGGACAACGAACACAAUUGCAUUUUAUCGAUUUGAAUUUGAAUGCACAGAGAUACCGUGACGAGAUCCUGAGGCCCAUUGUCGUGCCAUUCAUCCGCCGCCAUCACCUCAUGUUUCAGCAUGAUAAUGCAUGGCCCCAUGUCGCAACGAUCUGUACACAUUUCCUGGAAGCUUAAAAUGUCCCAGUUCUUCCAUGACCUGCAUACUCAAUGUGCCAUUUCCCAACAAUAUCUAGCAACUUCGCACAGCCAUUGAAGAGGAGUGGGACAACAUUCCACAAUCAACAGUCUGAUCAACUCUAUGCGAAGGAGAUGUGCCGCGCUGCGUGAGGCAAAUGGUGGUCACAACAGAUACUGACUGAUUUUCUGAUUCACGCCACUACCUUUUAAAAAAGUUAUAUGUGACCAACAGGUGCAUGCAUAUCUGUAUUCCCAGUCAUGUGAAAUCCAUAGAUUAGGGCCUAAUGAAUUUAUUUCAGUUGACUGAUUUCCUUAUAUGAACUCAGUAAAAUCUUUGAAAUUAGUGCAUGUUGCGUUUAUAUUUGUGUUCAGUAUAUAUUUACAAAAAAAUAUGAGGGGGAUUGGAAAUUAUGCAGACAAUUACAUUGAUAGAAUCCACAAUCUAUCUGCAAUAUUAAAUCUGAUCCACCCCAUAAAAAAACACUACCUUACACAAUCAGGAACACUAUUCCACCUAAUACAGUGUCAAUAUUCUCUAACUUUGCAGCAUACUAACUUCCUGUUCAGGUUAACACUCACUUACUGUUUCUAUGGAAGAAACUCACUCAACGCCCCUCCCUGUUUGUGAUAGCAUACUGAUGAAAUCCUUGUCAGCUAAUCUCAUGGAGUUAAAUAAAGGACUCGUCUUUGUAUUUGUGCAAUUAUGGCAUCUGUGACAGCCAUUGAGGCUGUCUCCAAGUAGUCAAUGUUAUUUUUCUUAUGUGUUUGAAAAAGGUUUAAAGCUAAUAUUGGUGAUUUACCGCCACCUGUAGUGCUGGAGUCCUGAAUCAAAUCUUGUGGGUUUAUUAUGGCCACUAGAUGGUGGUUAUAUAGCUUAAAGCCAUUAACUAACCAUAGGCCAUCCAAUUUGAAGAAGAGGACCAUGCUCUGAUCAUUGGCUGAUCGCUCCAAACCCAUAGGAAUCCCCACCCAAUUGACUGCUUUAAAAUGGUGGAAGCCCUCAGUGGCAUGCUAAAAUGGCUUAUAUCCAUCUGGUCCUCUAUCUAACUCUAUGGGCAAUCUAGCUGUCAGCUGGAACAGUCUCAGUUUACCACAUGUACUCAACUUGACCCGGCCCUAUCACUUUACCAUAUUACUUUAUUUGACCAUGCCACUGGUGUGGAUGUCAGGGUUAUGUGUCAUCGUCGUAGCCGACAGACAUGUUUCCUAAUAUUUCUAAGAAUGGCUUUGACAUGGCAGAUGCACAGACAAACCGGAUGAGUUGGAUGUUGUUCCUUCUUUUGAGUCACCGGGAAAAAAAUCUAGACAUUUCCACCGAACGUGGAAGUGUCAUUCGUCGGUGUCUAUACCUGGAUGCUCGUCGUAUCAGUCGUACCAGUGUCACAUCUUGUAUGUAUGUCUCUCUUAGUUUGUUAACUCUUCAGUGUCUGUCCCCAUAGGGGUCUAUAGGGAGGCUCAGGAUUCUGGUCACACAUCCCAGGCUUACUUUUCCUUGUUCUCUCUCUUGCUCUCCAGCUAUUGUAGGAUUGUGCCUAAUCAAUGGGUUUGUUCUAUGUUCAUUUCAUUUCAUUGCAAAUCCUGCUAGAUGAAGCUGAAUCAUUAGAAUAUAAAUAUGCGUACAUUUAAAGAUGAACAACAAAGUGUGUUUAUUCCUCCUCCCAAGAGGGAAUGUGGCAUCAUAUGUAGCAGCACUGAUGAUAAUUGCAGAUUUUUGUAAAAAUUCUCUCUGUUCUCUACAUGUGGAUGUGCAUUAUUUGUAUGCAUUGCACAACAUCAGCUGUAGAUUGAUUGAGUUAAUGUGUCAGUGAAUGUGUAAUUUGAUUCUCUCUCUCUCUCUCUCUCUCUCUCUCUCUCUCUCUCUCUCUCUCUCUCUCUCUCUCUCUCUCUCUCUCUCUCUCUCUCUCUCUCUCUCUCUCUCUCUCUCUCUCUCUCUCUCUCUCUCUCUCUCUCUCUCUCUCUCUCUCUCUCAGAUGAAUUUAACCCUGAAAUUCCCAAACUGGAGAAGAGCGUCAGCGGCAGCAGCCCAUCACGCGAUCGCCUUCUGCUCACCGUGGCAACACUGCUCAUCUCCGCCCUCCUGGUCUCCUAG